GAAGCCUCGGCUGGAGGGACUGCUGCGAGGAGGAAGAACAAAACUACACGGCGACACCGGCCUGUAGUUUUGUUUUUUUCUGAGGGGUUCCUUCGAGGCUCACUUCUUCUCCUCUUGGAUUUUACAUUUCUGGAAACAGAGGUUCGAUCUUGUGAACGCAGCCCUCUGGGCAGCUCAGGCAUCCUUGUAUAGACAAGGUGCCGACCAUCAUGUCCACACAGGCACCGACAUUCACGCAGCCGCUGCAGAGCGUCGUGGCACUAGAGGGUAGUGCCGCGACGUUCCAGGCUCGCGUUAGUGGUUCUCCAGUUCCUGAGGUGAGCUGGUUCCGUGAUGGCCAGGUUCUUUCCGCUGCUGCUCUGCCCGGCGUUCAGAUCUCGUUCAGCGACGGCCGCGCUGUUCUGACGAUCCCCGCUGUGACUGCCGCGCACAGCGGAAGAUUCUCCAUCAGAGCCACCAAUGGUGCCGGACAAGCCACAAGCACAGCCGAGCUCCUGGUCACAGCGGAGACGGCGCCGCCCAACUUCCUCCAGAGGCUGCAGAGCUCCUCAGUGACCCAGGGCAGCCAGGUGAGGCUGGACAUCCGAGUCACAGGCAUCCCAGCACCUGUGGUGAAGUUCUACAGGGAGGGAGCAGAGAUCCAGAGCUCUGCCGACUUCAGGAUCCUCCAGGAGGGAGACCUGUACAGUCUGCUCAUAGCCGAGGCCUUCCCAGAGGAUUCUGGGACGUAUUCUGUGACGGCCACCAACAGCAGCGGACGGGCCACAUCCACUGCUGAGCUGCUGGUUCAGGGUGAAGAAGCUGUACCGACAAAGAAAACCAAGAUGAUUGUGUCCACAUCUCAGAUGGCGUCUUCCCAGACCAGAGUGCAGAGGAAGAUGGAGGCGAGUUUCCAGGCCUCCGCCAUGAUGGAGAUGCACGUUGAAGGAGGAAUGAUGACUCAGCAUUUGGCUCACAAAACCCCCCCGCGGGUUCCCCCGAAACCGACCUCCAGAUCCCCGCCAUCCCUCGUUUCCAAGGCGACAGGAGGACGUCAGCAGUCGCCUUCACCCGUCCGACACGUGAAGGGGCCGACGCCCACAGCCGUCAGGUCCAUGUCUCCAUCGGCCCGCCUGUCCGUCUCCCCCAUCAGACCCGUCAAGUCGCCCUUAAUGACCAGGAAACAGUUGGCCAGCGCUGCAGAGGUCCUGCCUCCCUGGAAACAAGGAGGCUAUGUGUCUGAGGCUGCCUACGCCAGUAUGACCAGUAUGAGCAGUAUGACCAGUAUGAGCAGUAUGACCAGUAAGAGCAGUGUCAGCAGCGCCACCCAGCUGCACAUGGAGAAACACUGGGAGCAGCAGGUCACCGCCACCAGAGAGGCUGAGGGAGGGAAAAAAGCUGGGGCGGUGGCCACGGUGGUGGCCGCCGUUGACCUCGCUCGUGUCCGCCAGCCUGUGCAUGGCGAAGAGGAGGAGGAGGAGGAGAAGGAGGAGAAGGAGGAGGAGGCAGUCGAGGUGAAGACGAAGCAACAGGCGGUUGCAGAGGAACAAAUAGUCUUAGUGAAAUCAGCGCCGCCACCUGUCACUGUGACGUCAGAGCAGGUCCAGGUGUCACAGAUUCAGAGAACAACAGAAAUCUCCCCCCUCGUGGACACCGGUGUGUCCCCGUCCCCAGUUCCUCAUUUCACAGUUUCUAAAGUUUCUGUCCCCAAACCUGAGCAGAGCCCCGAGGUGUCCAUCGCCGGCUCUGCCAUCACCACGCUGCGGAAAGAGUUAUCCUCCCACACCCCCCCCAGACACAUCAUCAAGCCCGUCAAGUCUCCCAGUCCGUCUCGCAGGGCGGUGGAGGUGCGAGUGACAUCGGAGCCCCUCCCCCCGCCCUUCAAAGACAUCCGAUUUCACAGUCAGGUUGAGGUGGGCGGGGCUUGCGCAGUCGGCGAGGAGGAGUUUGAGGAAUGGGAGCCUCAGGAGGCGGCUGCGGUGCCCACCAUCGCUCAGGAGCCCGUCGUCCCUCCGGCUCUUGUUGCUGGCCUGAAGAAUGUGACCGUGACCGAGGGCGAGUCCGUGAGCCUGGAGUGUCAGAUCAGCGGUCAGCCUGCACCGGUCAUCAUGUGGUUCAGAGAGGACUACAAGAUCGAGAGCUCCAUCGAUUUCCAGAUCAGCUAUGAGAGUGGAUUCGCCCGGCUGGUGAUCCGCGAGGCGUUCGCUGAAGACAGCGGCCGCUUCACCUGCACCGCCACCAGCGAGGCGGGGACAGUCAGCACCUCCUGCUACCUGCUCGUCCAAGUGUCAGAAGAAAUCGAGAGUAGAGAGGAGACGGCUGUGUCUGAAAUAGAAGUCACACAAAAGAAAAUUGUUUCUGUAGAGACAAAGGAGCAGAUGGUGGCAGAGGUGACGACAGGAGAGUCUGCUGCUCCCUUCUUCAUCCAGAAACCCAGCGUCCAGAAGCUGGAGGAGGGAGGAAGCGUCGUCUUCCAAUGUCAAGUGGGAGGAAACCCCAAACCUCACAUCAUCUGGAAGAAGAGCGGCGUGCCGCUCACCACCGGAUACAGAUACAAAGUCGCCUACAAGAAGGAGACUGGAGAAUGCAGGCUGGAGAUCUCCAUGACCUUUGCUGAUGACGCUGGAGAAUAUUCCAUCUUUGCCAAGAAUCCUCAUGGAGAAGCCUCAGCCUCCGCCACUCUGCUGGAGGAAGAGGAAUAUGACGCUUAUAUGAAGCAGCUUGACGUGACAUAUAAAACUGAAGUGACUACGACAGUGGUCCAGGAGCCCUCUGUGGUCGUGAGUCAAUACGAGAUGGAACAGAGGAGAAUGACGACCCCCAUGAGCUUUGUCUCAGAAACAGAAUUCCUCGUUUCAGCCUUUGAAGAGAGGAUUAUUCACGAGAUUGAAUUGCGUAUCAUGAGGAUCACCUACAAUGAGCUGGUGACGGAGGACGGAGAGAUGAUGGUGACUGUGGAAGAGGAGGAAGCAAUGCUGCCGGCUUUCGACACGCCAGUCAAAAACUACAGAAUCGUGGAGGCCAUGGGCGUCACCUUCCACUGCAAGAUGGCUGGAAAACCACUGCCGAAGAUCGUUUGGUACAAAGACGGCCAGCGCAUCAGGCCUGGUGGCCGGUACCAGAUGGAGGUUCUUCAGGAUGGGCGAGCCAGCCUGCGCCUGCCGGUGGUUCUGCCUGAGGACGAGGGCGUGUACACCGCCUUCGCUGCCAACAUUAAGGGAAAUGCCGUCAGCUCUGGGAAACUCUAUGUGGAGCCUUCCGGAGCAGUCACACCUCAGAGAUACACACCACAGCCAGCAAUGCAGAGGAUCAGGUCCACCUCUCCUCGUUCCAUGAGCCGCUCCCCGGGUCGCUCUCCCAGCCGUUCUCCCGCCCGCCGUCUGGAUGAGACAGAUGAGGCUCAACUGGAAAGACUCUACAAACCUGUGUUUGUUAUGAAACCGUCCUCAAUAAAAUGCUCUGAGGGACAAACUGCCCGAUUUGACUUGAAGGUUGUUGGCAGGCCCAUGCCAGAGACCUACUGGUUCCACAAUGGACAACAAGUUGUUAAUGACUACACCCACAAGAUAGUGAUCAAAGAAGACGGUAUCCAGUCCCUGAUCAUUGUCCCGGCCAUGCCACAAGAUUCUGGAGAAUGGACAGUCAUCGCUCAGAACAGAGCUGGACGAACUUCUGUUUCUGUAAAUCUGACUGUUGAGGCUCGAGAAAGUCUCGCUCGCCCUCAGUUUGUCAACAAGCUGAAGAACCUCACAGUGAAACAGGGCACUCUGGUGGAACUGGCUGUUAGAGCCAUGGGAAACCCUCUGCCUGAUAUCGUCUGGCUGAAAAACAGUGACAUCAUCUCACCGCACAAGCACCCGCAUAUCAAGAUCGAUGGUACUAAGGGAGAGGCCAAAUUCCAGAUCCAAUCUGCUUCAGGCUCAGACAGCGCCUGGUACACAGCGACAGCCAUCAACAAGGCUGGUAGAGACACCACCCGCUGCAGAGUCAAUGUGGAGGUGGACUUCACAGCCCCUCAAGCUGAGAGGAGGCUCAUUAUUACCAAAGGAACGUACAAGGCCAAGGAGAUUGCUCCUCCGGAGUUGGAGCCCCUUCAUCUGCGAUAUGGUCAAGAGCAGUGGGAGGAGGGCGACCUCUACGACAAAGAGAAGCAGCAGAAACCACUGUUCAAGAAAAAGCUGACCUCUAUCAGGAUGAAGCGGUUCGGUCCUGCUCAUUUUGAGUGCCGACUGACCCCGAUUGGUGACCCCAUCAUGGUAGUGGAGUGGCUGCACGAUGGCAAACCCCUGGAUGCUGCUAACAGGCUACGCAUGGUCAAUGAAUUUGGCUACUGCAGCCUUGACUAUGAAGCUGCUUACGCUAGAGACAGCGGUGUCAUCACUUGCAGAGCCACGAACAAGUUCGGAGUGGACCAGACCUCGGCCACCCUGAUUGUCAAGGAUGAGAAGGGUCUAGUUGAGGAGAGUCAACUUCCUGAAGGCAGGAAGGGAGCUCACAGAAUGGAUGAGAUGGAGCGCCAAGCUCAUCAGGGAGGACCCUAUGGAGUUAGUGCUGACGACGAAUAUGAGAAGUCCAAACCUGAAAUUGUUCUCCUUCCUGAACCAGCCAGAGUGCUUGAAGGCGACAUUGCUCGAUUCCGUUGCAGGGUGACCGGUUAUCCAGCACCCAAAGUGAACUGGUACCUCAAUGGACAACUUAUCCGCAAAAGCAAGCGAUACAGACUGUGUUAUGACGGUAUCUACUAUUUGGAGAUUGUUGACGUCAAGUCCUAUGACUCAGGAGAGGUCAGGGUGGUUGGAGACAAUCCUUUGGGAACAGCUGAGCACACAGUGAAGCUGGAAAUCCAACAGAAAGAGGACUUUAGAUCGGUCCUGCGUCGUGCUCCGGAACAGAAGGCUGCCGAGGCUGCACAUGAACCUGGAAGAAUUGGAUUUGAUGUUAUGAAGGUUGACCAACCUGCUGACGCUGCACAGGACAGGGAAGUUGUUAAGCUUCGUAAGACACAGAGAGUCACCCACGAGAAAACCUCAGAGGAAUCUGACGAACUGAAAUGUAAGUUCAAGCGUAGGACAGAGGAAGGUUUCUAUGAGUCCAUCUCUGCUGUGGAGUUUAAGUCUCGUAGGAGAGACGAGUCUUAUGAGGAUCUACUGAAGAAGACCAAGGAUGACUUGCUUCAUCACUUGAAAGAGAAGGAGGAGGCUGAGAGGAGGAGGCUGGAGGAACAGGGCACAGUCACCAUCCCCACAAUCAAACCAGAGAGGGUCCAGCUCUCCCCUAGCAUGGAGGCUCCCAGGAUCCUGGAACGCAUAGCCAGCAAGACCGUUGCUCCGAUGGAUGAGGUUCGUUUCCGACUCAGAGUCGUGGGCAGACCAGAACCUGAGUGCCAGUGGUUCAAGAAUGGUGUUCAGCUGGAAAAGUCAGACCGUGUUUACUGGUACUGGCCAGAGGAUCAUGUGUGUGAACUGGUGAUCAGAGACGUCACAGUCGAGGAUUCAGCGAGCAUCAUGGUUAAAGCCAUGAACGUUGCUGGGGAAUCUUCAAGCCAUGCGUUUCUGCUUGUGCAAGCCAAGGUGGCGAUUACCUUUACCCAAAACCUGACAGACACCAGUGCCAAUGAGAAGGACACGACGGUCACCUUUGAGUGUGAAACCAAUGAGCCUUUUGUUAAAGUCAAGUGGCUGAAGAACAACAUGGAGAUCGUCUCCGGAGACAAGUACAGAAUGCACUCGGACAGGAAGGUUCACUUCCUCUCUGUGCUGAUGGUGGAAAUGAGGGAUGAUGCAGAAUACGCUUGUGUGGUUAUCGAUGAUGAGAACAUCAGGACGAGUGCAAGACUCAAUGUUGAAGGCGCUGCCCUGGAGCUCAUCAAACACUUGGAGAACAUUGAGGUACCAGAGACCUACGCUGGAGAGUUUGAGGUUGAGCUUUCUCGUGAGGACGCUGAAGGCAGUUGGUUCUUCAAAGACAAGGAGCUCUCUUCCGGCAGUAAAUACACAAUGUCCUCCCGCCGAGGGAGACACACCUUGUCUGUCAAGGAUGUCAGAAGAGAGGACCAGGGAAAAUACACCUUCGUAUGUGGAGAUUUGAAGACCAGUGCCUCACUGAAGAUGAAAUUGCGCCCAGUAACCCUGAUGCAGCCAUUGACCGACCUCACAGUCUGUGAGGGUGACAUCGCUCAGCUGGAGGUGAGGUUCUCCCAGGAGAAUGUUGAGGGAACCUGGAUGAAGAACGGCCAGGCCAUCUCUGCUUCGGACCGCAUCCACAUUGUUAUCGACAAACUGGUUCACAAGCUGCUGGUGGAGAACGUCAGCAGAGAAGAUGCUGCCUCCUACUCUUUCUUGGUUCCUGCCCAAGACAUCUCCACCUCAGGCAAACUCAGUGUCCAAACCAUUGAAAUUGUGGUGCCACUGAAGGACAUGUCCUCUAUUGAGGGCACCAAAGCUGUUUUGGAGGCCAAGAUCUCUGCUCAAGAUAUUAGCUCAGUCAAAUGGUUCCACAACGACAAACUGCUGACUCCUAGCGACAGAAUCCAGAUGGUGGCCAAGGGGGCCAAGCAGCGUCUGGUCUUCAGCCGGACCUACGCCUCGGACCAGGGACACUACAAACUGGUGGUCGGCAAAGUGGACACCAGCUGCAACCUAACUGUUGAAGAGGUUCAGAUUGUGAAGCACAUGGAGGACAAAGUCUGCUCUGAGUCCCAGAACGUUACCUUCAACGUGGAAGUAUCUCACCCUGGCAUCGACCCAGUCUGGAUGUUCAGGAACCAGCAGCUAAAAUCUGGACCCAAACACAAGAUGGUUUCCAAGGGCAAAGCUCACUCUCUGACUGUCAUCGAUGCCAUGAAAGACGAGGAGGGCCAGUACACGUUCCACGCUGGUGAAAAGACGUCCAGUGCCAAGCUCUCUGUCUCAGGUGGUGCCAUCACACGACCACUUCAGGACGUGACAGUGGCCGAGUCUCAGACCGCUGAGCUCGAGUGUGAAGUCGCCAACGCCAACGCUGAGGGGAAGUGGCUGAAGGAGGGUCAGCCUGUGGACUUCAAUGAGAAUGUGGUGAGCGAGGUGAAAGGAGCCAUCAGGCGCCUCAUCAUCGUCAUCACCAGACCGCAGGACGUCGGGGAGUACACCUACCAGGUGUCCAACUCCAAAACCACCGCCAACCUCAGGGUGGAGGCGGUGAAGAUCAAGAAAACUCUGAGAAACCAGACGGUGACAGAAACCCAGGAGGCGGUGUUCACGCUGGAGCUCACGCACGCCGACGUGAAGGGAUCCCAGUGGAUCAAGAACGGCGUGGAGCUGCAGAACAGCGACAAGCACCAGAUCACGUCCGCCGGCGUGGUCCACACCCUGAGGGUCACGAGCUGCAGCUCCCAGGACGAGUGCGUCUACUCCUUCAAACUGGGAAAACUGUCGGCCAGCGCCAGGCUCGGCGUGGAGACGAUCAAGAUUGUGAAGAAGAUGAAGGACGUGACAUCCUUGUUGGACGGCACCGCCUCCUUUGAGAUGAGCCUGUCACAUGACAACAUCCCCGUCAGGUGGAUGUUUAAAGGUGUGGAGCUCAAGUCGAGCAACAAGUGCAAAGUUCUGUCGGAGAGAAAAGCUCACAAGCUGAUUGUGCAGAACGUGAACCCCAGCGACGCAGGAGAGUACAGCGCGGUGGUGGGUCACCUGACCUGCAGCGCCACGCUCACUGUGGAGGCUCUGAAAGUCACCAAACCCAUGAAGAGCGUGGAGGUGCCAGAGACUCAGGUGGCCACGUUCGAGUGUGAGGUUUCUCACUUCAACGUCCCGUCCACGUGGCUGAAGGACGGCGUGGAGAUCGAGAUGAGCGAGAAGUUCAGGAUCGUGGUUCAAGGAAAACUUCACCAGCUGAAGAUCACGAACACCAGCAGGGACGACUCUGCCGAGUACACCUUCGUCUGUGGCAACGACCGAGUCUCCGCCACGCUCACCGUCAGCCCCGUCAUGAUCACAUCCAUGUUGAAAGACCUGAACGCUCAGGAGAGAGACACCAUCACCUUCGAGGUCACCGUCAACUACGAGGGCAUCACCUACAAAUGGCUGAAGAACGGCGUGGAGGUCAAGUCCUCCGACAGGUGUCAGGUCCGCAGUCGGCAGCUCACGCACUCGCUCUCCAUCAAAAACGUUCACUUCGGAGACGGAGGAGAAUAUCAGUUUGUGGCCGGCUCUGCUGCCUCCGCCGCAAAUCUGUUUGUGGAAGCUCGAGUGAUUGAAUUCACCAAGAAAAUCAAGGACAUAAAGAUCACAGAGAAGAAGAAGGCGAUUUUUGAAUGUGAGGUCACGGAGCCAAACAUCCAGGUGAUGUGGAUGAAGGACGGUCAGGAGCUGGACGUGUCUGAGGAACGGUACGUCGUGACAGCAGAGAAGUACGUUCACCGUCUGAUGGUCCAGACGGUGCGUAUGUCCGAUGCCGGAGCGUAUUCAGUGGUGGCUGGAUCGAGUGUCUCCAAAGCUCAGCUCAUAGUCGAGGGUCGCGACAUCCGGAUCUCUGAACCUGCUGAGCGGGAAAUUACAGUUCUGGAGAAACAACGAGCGACCUUCGAGUUCGAGGUGAACGAGGACGAUGUGGAGGGUCGCUGGCUGAGGAACGGGGUGGAGAUCCAAGUCUCUGUUGAGGAACGCUUCAACUAUGUGGCCAUCAGAAGACUGCACCGCCUCACCAUCUCCGAGACCUACAGGAGUGACGCCGGGGAGUACAUCUUCAUCGCCGGCAAAAACAGGAGCACUAUGCACCUCCGGGUCAACAUCCCAGAGCCUCCGCAGAUCCUUCGCCACAUGGAGCCUCAGUCGGUAGAGGCAGGUAAACCUGCUCGCUUCUCCGUGAAGGUGAGCGGCGUUCCUCAGCCUCAGGUCUUCUGGUAUAAGAACUCCCAGGCCCUGUCUCCGGGCUUCAAGUGUAAGUUCCUUCAUGACGGCGACGAGCACACGCUGCUGCUGAUCGAGGUCUUCCCCGAGGACUCCGCGGUCUACAACUGCGAGGCAAAGAACGACUAUGGCACCGCCACGAGCACCGCAGCGCUCAACGUGGAAGUUUCAGAAGUGGUUUCUCCGGACUCGGCUGCUCCUGUCGCUCCACCUGUCGUCAUCUCACCCAUCGCCAACACUUCCGCCCGUGAGGGAGAACCGGCUCGCUUCCAGUGCAGAGUCCGUGGAGACGAUGUGAAGAUCAGCUGGUUGCACAAGGGGAAGGACAUCAAGCAGUCGGACUUCUUCAGGAUGUCUCAGUUUGAUGACAGCUGUCAGCUGGAGAUCUCCAGGGUGUACCCAGAGGACGAGGGCGGGUACAGCUGCGUGGCCACGAACAGCGCCGGUACCGUCUCCUGCGCCGCCACCCUCACACUGGACGGACAAAAACAAAAGCUGGACAGUCUAGCUGAGACACAUGUGUCCACUCGCCUCAGCAGUCUAAAGAAACCCCCCAUUGGUCAAAGGCCAGUUUUCAUCCAGCCAAUCACAAGUUGCACGGUGCCGCACGGCGAGGUGGCCCGCUUCCAUGCAUGUGUGUCCGGCACGCCGAAGCCAGAGAUAAGCUGGUUCCACAACCGGCAGCCGGUUUGGCCCACUAAGAAUGUGGUGUUUCACUUUGACGAGGUGACCAACACGGCCACGCUCAUCAUCGUGGACGCCUUCUCUGAGCACGCCGGGCAGUUCACCUGCAGGGCGGCCAAUGUCUCUGGAGAGGCGGCGUGCUCGGCCACCCUCACCAUUACUGCAGAGGAAGAAGUGACUCUUGUGAGAGAGCAGAUCGAAGCCAAGAUCGAUCAAGAAGUCAAAGAACGUCGUAGCACCACCAUCACCACCGUGGAGGAGCAAGAGGAAACCUACAGCACUGGUGUCCAGUUGCCCCAGAAAACCAAAACACUUGAACUCAAACCAGAAUCCAAACUUUACUCUUCCUCUUUAGAGAAGAAGAAAGAAAAGCCAGUUUUCCUCAGCCAGCUCUCUCCCAUCGCCGUCACCUCUGGGGAAACGGCCCGGUUCACCCUCAGAGUGUCCGGCUUCCCCAAGCCAGUGGUGCAAUGGUCUCAUAAUGGGAAAGUCAUUCAGAGUUCUUCUGUUUACAAAGUGAUAGAGGAGAGGGAGGAGUUCACAUUAAUCCUAACUAAGGUCACAUCGGAGUAUGAGGGCGAGUACUCCUGCACUGCCACCAACAGGUUUGGUCAGACAACAUGCACCACAUACCUGGAAGUGAAGAAGGCUGAUGUUAGUCAAGCAGAGAAAUGGGUGGAAAAGAUGUUUAAGGUCACAGGUCAACCUCCCACGUUCACAGUUCAGAUUCAACCUGUCACAUGCUCAGAAGGAGGAGAGGUUCAUUUCAAUUACAAGGCCAGUGGUGAUCCAGCACCUGAUGUGAAGUGGUUCAAAGGUGCUUUCCAGAUCCAGCCCAGUAGGAACUGUGUCAUUACAGCCAACCCAGAUGGAUCUGGUUUUAUCAGUCUUAAAAGCAUCAAACAGCAGGACAGUGGGUUGUACUCUUGCAGAGCCUCCAACCGGUUUGGGGAAGCGACCUGUAGUGCUGAGCUGGUUGUUUUCAGAGAAUCCGUCUCUGUUUCCAACAAACAGGAGCAGCUGACAGUUGUUCAGAAGAAAGGUUAUAAGGUGUCAGUGACAGAGCAAGCGACUGAGUCCCGCUUGUACCAGGUCAGCCUCCCGGGUCAGGACAGAGCCAGAUCCGAUCAGAUGGUUUACACCAUUGGCACCGAAGACCGGCAGAUCAUUCCCAGUGAGCAGGUGAGCUCCCUCAGAGAGCUGGAUAUCUCUGCUGCCACUGUUCAUAGAGAGCAGCUGACCCACCAGGCAGCGGUGCUUCAGGCUCAUGAGAUCGAGGAGAAGGUGUCUGUCGUUCCCACCCACCCACCUAGGGUCUCAGUUGUUCCUGCAAAGCAGCUUCAUAUGGCAACAUUUAGCACGUCUGUAGAAGAGAGUCAGGACCUCACAGAGCAGCACUGUGACCGCAUCCAAAGCCCAGAGGUCAUUGAGCUUCAGGCGGCUAGAGAAAAAAUGUCAAAGGUUAUGACAGCUGUUGCUGAAGAGCUCAACCCACUGUCUACUGUUAGCACAGAGACUCUCGCUGACAGGAAGUCUGCUUCCAUAAGGCCCACGUCAGAACCAAAACAUCUGGUUAGUGGGCAUCAAGUCCAGUCCCAGCUAUCUCUCCUGAAGGAGCAGUUAGAGGACUUCCCCAAACCACAGCAAGAGAAGGGUUACAAGGUGAAGGAAGGUGUUAAGAUCUUAUACUCGGCCCAGUCUGCAGAAAAACAAGUUCUUGCAGAAGGCCACACAGCUGAACUAGCAACAGCAGAUUCUGCUUUAAAAUCUUCCAUUAGCAAAGAACAGCAUAGACCUGUCUUAGCUUCGGUCAGCAAAUCUAAACAGACUCUUUCCAAGGAGACUGAGUUCUCCAUCCAGAGACCGGCUGUGGAGUCAGCCUAUCUUUGUAAGGAUGAGAUUGUGAAAGCAGCUCUAACGGCUGAAGAGAAGCAACUGCUUCAGGCUGAGUCUACUCAGCAGCUGCCGAGUCUGUCCAGUGCCACGUCCAUUCGUUCUCAGAUAGAAGGGGAGCAGUUGUUGCAUCUGCAGGUUAUCACAGACCAGGACCUCCUUCCAGCUGAGGGGAGUUUCACCUGUGAGAAACCAGCACCAGAGCAGGCAGGAACCAGGAAGAGUCCUACUCUACUGCACACUGUUAGUCAGGAUGAGCAGAGGACAUUAGUUUGUGAGGAUGCAUCAGAGUUUGAGGCCAAGGCCAGCUCUACGACCAUUCAGCCGCAGAAAGAGGGUCCCACUUUGCUGCAUCUCCAUUCAGCUCAUCCCCUGGAGACGCUGCCCAAAGAGGGCAUUCUCAUAACAGACAAGCCCAACCAGCAGGUGGCAGCACAGAAACAGGAAAAGAUUAGAAGCCAUGCAGCCAUUUCAGAAGAGAGAAAGGAGCUCACGGCAAAUUACAACACAGAGCUGGAUUUGUCUGUGACUGGAGUUCAGUCUCAGCUUCGAACUGAGCCCAGACCUCAGAACAUCCUGCAGCUUUCCUACCAGCCCCUUCAGCUGCCGAAGGAGACGCCGGUCAGCGCUGACGUCAAGCCGCAGAGGGCUUUAGUGCAGAGAGAGGAUCGCUGGAACGUGAUGCAUAUCACCAGUGUCGCAGAUUGUCAUGCCUUAGAGGAGGGUCACACAGAGCGUCUCACAGCUGUGGAGAAACUCACCUGCCAGAUGGCUCUAGAGCCAAAACUUCCCACUGAGCCUAUCCAGAUUGAGGAGAUCUCCACUGAGAGCAGUGUCUUUUUAGAGGCAGCAGAACAGGACUUUGCUGUUCAGAUCCAGGAGGGUCAGUCAGUCAGGCAGUCAGUAGUGAUGGAUGAGAAGCAGGUACUGACGGGUGAGAUCUCUCAGGUGAUCACCAAGUCUCAGUCCAGUAAAGUAUCUGUCACCACUCAGCCAAAACUGUCCCUCAUGGCGUCAGAAUCCAAAGACAGCCCGGCCUUUCCCAAAGAGAUGACCUUUGUAAUUCAGAUCCCAAAACCAUCCAGUCUGAAAACCCAGCGUCAGCUCAGAGCUGCCCUGCAGUCGGCUGUGGCCAGGGACCAGCCGGUGCUACUGGCUGAUGUCGUAGAAAGGUUACAGGCUGUAGAAGUGCAGGAAGUCAAGGUCCAGAGACAGCCCAAACGGGCCAUGUUCACAUACCUUAUCACCACAACAGGGGCCCCCAUGGAGAUCACACUGGCUUUUGAGGGUGAAUACCCUCAGAUAGCUGAUCUCAGAACUGAACUCCAGGCAGCUUUCCAUUCCAUUGUGUACCAGGAAGCCCAUCUUCUUACUUCAGAGCAGCCGGGCACGAUGCAGCUAGACAAACCUCAGAGAGCCCAGGUCUCCUCGGCUACCUCUAAGCAAAUGUCGUCCAUGGUGGAGAUGGUUAGCGUAGCAGAGAGUGCAGUGGGUUUCAGUGCUGUUAGUUCUCAAAGUGCUGCAUUCAGGACAGAGUCUAUAAGGACAGUUGAAUGUGCUGCAGCUGAGCAGCAGGUGGUGGUGCAGGAAUCCAAGGCAGCAAAGAUGGAGCAGCUCAUCUCAUCCCAGGUCAAAGUUUCCACUGAGGCUCACAUGGCUUUUGAGCAGUCAGUACAGGUUUCAAGACAGGAAGUAAGGUCAGUGGAGCUGAAAGGCAGAGAAAAGGACGUAGGUGCAGCAGUGCUUACCACUGCUCUUCCUCCCACCGUUGCCCCCACAGAACAGGUGGUAGAUGUCCAGAAGGAGCACAGGGAGGAGAUCUUUAAAGAGGAGAUCACAGUGCCCAGGCCAGAACAGAGAGAAUUCCCCAUCAUAGUCACGUCCCUCGGAGACCUAUCGAUCGAACAAGACAGUAAAGUCACAUUUAGCACCACCAUUAAGCAUGUUACAAAGGUGAACUGGUUUUUCAAUGGACAGUUGGUGAAAUCUGGCAAAGAGUUCAAGUGUUCCAAAGAUCAUGAUACAUACACACUGGUUAUCAACAAGGUUGUGAAGGAGAAGCAUCAAGGAGAAUAUGUCUGUGAGGCCGAGAACGAAGCCGGCAGGACCACCACGUCUUCAAGACUCACUGUGGUGUCAAGAGUGCCACCGGUGUUUAGGCUGAAGAUCUCACCUCUGGAGAUAAACGUUGGCGGACAGGCCAAGCUCGAAUGUGAAAUCGAGGAUGCUCCGAGUGUGACCUUCAAAUGGUUCAAGUCUGGCAUUGAGAUCAGACAGAGCGAGAAGUAUCGAAUCAUCAGCAGCUACAGCAGCUCCUCUCUGGAGCUCCUGAACCCAGUGAAGGCCGACAGCGGUGAAUACAGCUGCAAGGCCUCCAACCAGCACGGCACUGACGGCUGCACCGCCUCGCUCAUCGUCACCGAACCGCCCGAGUUUGUGCUGAAGCUCCCUGCCACUAAGUUUGUGAAGCAGAGCGAUUCGCUCCGCCUGGAGUGUAAAGUCAGUGGCACAGCUCCUCUGAAAGUGACCUGGUACAAACACGACUCCAAGGUCACAGACGGGGUCAACCUCAGGACAUCCUUUGUUGACUCGGUGGCAGUCCUGGAACUGCUCUCCGCCAGCUUUGAUGAUGAUGGAGUUUACACCUGUGAAGCUCAGAAUGAAGCUGGCAGUGUGAGCUGCAGCAGCACACUGACUGUGAAAGAUGCCCCAUCUUUUGUCAAAGUGCCUGAGCCUGUUGAAGGGCUGAAGGGUAAGGACGUGAGUCUGUACUGCGAGAUGAGCGGUACAGCUCCGUUCCAGAUCACCUGGUUCAAAGACAGGAAGCCUCUGAUGGAGAGCAGGAAAUAUAAGAUGGUGAGCGAGGGCAGCUCAGCCACGCUGCAUGUCAUUGGGAUAGACGCCUCAGAUGCCGGCCAAUAUGAGUGCAAAGUGUCAAACAGUGUAGGAAGUGACACCUGCCAGAUGUCAGUUAAACUCAGAGAGCCUCCGUCGUUCUUGAAGAAACUGUCAAACAUGACAGUGAUACUGGGAGAGGAGGUGACCCUUGUGGCCACUGUUAAAGGCUCUGAACCCAUUACUGUGUCCUGGGUUCAAGACAAGGAUCACAUUCUCAGGGACGGUGACAACAGGAAAAUCACCUGUGAGAACAACCAGGUCGCUCUUAAAGUGUUUAAGGCCGAUGCGACUACGGCAGGCAAAUACAGCUGCCAACUCAGAAAUGAUGCUGGGAGUGUGGAGUGUUUCGCUAACUUGACUGUUCUAGAACCGGCUAUGAUCGUGGAUAAGCCCGACUCUCUGAGUGUGACGGCAGGAGAUAUCGCCGCCCUGGAGGUCAAAGUGCGUGGGACCCCAGAGCUCUUCCCCAAGUGGUUCAAGGACGGCGUGGAGCUGGCCUCUGGGAGGAAAUACAAGAUCUCAUUCUCCCGGAUGAUUUCCAGCCUUAACGUUCUUUCUGCUGAGAAAGUGGACUCUGGAGAAUACACGUUUGAGGUCAUGAACGAGGUCGGGAAGGACCUGAGCAAAAUUAAUCUCACCGUCUUAGAUAAGAUCAUUCCUCCGACCUUCUCCAGGAAGUUGAAGGACUGUAACACAGUUGUCGCUGAAGCCGGAGAGAUGGAGUGUAAAGUGUCAGGUUCUCCUCCUUUCACCAUCUCUUGGUUCCACGAUAGCGAGGAAAUUCAGAGUGGACCCAACCAUGAUAUUUCCUUCAGUGAGAACAGCUGCAUGCUCAGAGUUCCCUCGCUCAAGCUGUCUGACUCGGGAACGUAUAAAUGUAAAGCCGUCAACAAGGCAGGAUCCAGUGAAACCAGCGCGUUGCUGGUCGUCAAAGAACCUCCGUCCUUUGUGGUGCCACCUCAGCCGGUGGAGGCCAUGCCGGGCUCUAAUGUGACGAUCUCAGCGAUGGUCAAAGGCAGCGCGCCGCUCAGACUGAAGUGGUUCAGAGGAGCCAAGGAGAUCCAGGCGGGACGAGGAUGUGAUUUCUCCUUGAAGGACAACCAGGUGGUUCUGGAGCUUUUCAAUGUGGACAGGUCUCACGCUGGCGAGUACACGUGUCAGAUCACCAACGACGCCGGGAAGGAAAGCUGUCCGGUGAAUCUCACUGUCAAAGAGCCCGCCGCCUUCUCCAAGAAGCUGAAGGACGUGGCGGUGGAGAAGGGGAAACCGUUAACUCUGGAGUGCACGUACACCGGAACACCAAAGAUCACAGUGAGCUGGUACAAGGACGGACAGCAAAUCUUUGCUUCCUACAAACACAACAUCACCACGACGGAGAGCUCCUGCAUCCUGGAGUGUCUCAGCACAGACGACAAGGAGGCGGCAGGAUGCUACAGCUGCCGAGUGUCCAACGAGGCUGGAGACGACACGUGUGAGGCGGCCGUCUCUAUUCUUGAGCCACCGUACUUUGUGGAGUCUCUGGAGCCCAUGGAGGUGACCGCCGGCGACGCCGUGUGUCUCAAGUGUCAGGUGGCGGGAACUCCCGAGAUCAAGGUGUCGUGGUUCAAGGCUGACGGGAAGGUGCGCUCCAGCCCCACCUGUAAGCUGGAGUACACGAAGGGCGUGGCCUACCUGAAGCUCAGCAAAGCCACCAAGGCCGACAUCGGAGAAUACAGCUGCAAGGCGGAGAACCGCAUCGGCUCCGCCUCCUCCACCUGCAGACUCAACGUUCAAGAGGCCAAAACGCCGCCGACCUUCCCUAAGAAGAUCACCAGCCUGCAGCAGACGGAGGGGCUGCCGGUCAGGUUCGAGUGCCGUGUCGCCGGCUCCUCCCCCAUCGAGGUGUCGUGGCUGAAAGACGGCGAGCCUCUGACUCAUGGAAACGACUUCUCGAUGCUGUACGAUGACAACACGGCCGUGCUGCAGAUCGACCACAGUCAGAUGAGGCACUCUGGAGAGUUCACCUGCGUGGCCAACAACAGCGUGGGCUCGGCCUCCUGCAGAGCCAAGCUCACCCUGCAAGAACCCAGAUACCCUCCAGUCUUUGACAGGAUGUUGUCACCACAGGAAGUGACAGUGGGCGACAGCAUUGAGCUGGAGUGUCACUUGACUGGUUCCGCCCCCAUUAAAGUCACAUGGUCCAAAGACCACAAAGACAUUCGCACUGGGGGGAACUAUAAGAUGAGCUGCGUGGAUAACACGCCGCACCUGACCAUCGUGAAGGCAGAUAGAGCCGACACAGGGAAGUACUUCUGCCAUGCCGCUAACGACGUGGGGAAGGACUCUUGUUCCUCUGACAUCACGGUCAAAGAGCGAAAGAACCCUCCAGUGUUCACCAAGAAGCCGUCAGAGCACAUCGAGGACAUGGAGGGGAAACUGGUGAAGAUGGAGGGCCGGGUUUCUGGCUCUCAGCCCAUGUCCAUCAGCUGGUUCAGAGACAGUGCGGAGAUCAGCAGCUCCGACAAAUAUGACAUCAGCUUUAAGAGUAAUGUGGCGGUGCUGUGCAUCAAGAGCAGCCAGGUGAGCGACAGCGGCAGCUACACCUGCCAGGCCUCCAACGAGGCGGGAAGAGCCUCGUGUGACAUCACUGUCGGCAUCUCAGAAGCCAAGAAGCCACCGGUCUUCGACGUCUCGCUCAAACCGGUGACGGUGGACGAGGGCGAGAAGCUGAGCCUCAAGUGUCACGUGUGCGGGUCACCUCCUCUGAAGAUCCAGUGGAUGAAGGACAGGAAGGACCUGACGUCGGCCGGCAGCACCAGGAUCAGCUUCUCCGACGGGACGGCCUGCCUGGAGAUCAGCCCCGCCUCCAGACACGACGCUGGCGACUACCUCUGCAAGGCGUCCAAUGACAGCGGCAGCGAGUUCUGCAAAGCUAAAGUGAUGGUUAAAGAGAAACCAGGAGCAGCUCCGCCUCUGGCUGAAGCUCCAGCUGCUGCUCCACCCAAAAAACUGGACAACCUGUUCUUCAUUGAACAACCGAAAACUGCACACGUCACUGAGAAGGGCACCGCCACCUUCAUCGCCAAGGUGGGCGGAGACCCAAUCCCCAGUGUGAAGUGGAUGAAGGGGAAGUGGAGGCAGGUGACGCACGGCGGCCGCAUCUCCAUCGAGCAGAAGGGCCAGGAGGCCAAGCUGGAGAUCAGAGAGGUGACCAAGUCGGACUCGGGCCAGUACAGGUGCGUUGCCUCCAACAACCACGGAGAGAUCGAGUGCAACACCGACAUGCACGUGGACGAGAAGAAAGAGGCGUCGCUGCUCGAGGGAGACCUCCGAGCCAAACUGAAGAAGACGCCAUCGAAGCAGAAGAGUCCACAGGAGGAGAAGGACAUUGACAUCGUGGAGCUGUUGAGGAAUGUGGACCCCAAAGAGUACGAGAAGUAUGCCCGCAUGUACGGCAUCACAGACUACCGCGGCCUGCUGCAGGCCAUCGAGCAGCUGAAGAAGGAGAAGGCUGAAGAAAGUGGAAGACCGGAACUGGAACGUGGAGACAGAGAGUCAGACGAGGACAUGGCCCGACUGGUGGCCGACCUGCAGAAGAGGAUGGAGCGUACAGAGCCCGUCACUGUGGUGAAGGACAUCUCCGAUCAGUCCGUCUUCACCAACAAGGAGGCGGAGUUCGAGUGUGAGAUCAAGAUCAACUACCCAGAGAUCACCCUGUCCUGGUACAAGGGCACGCAGAAACUGGAUAACGGUGACAAGUACCACAUCAGCAUCAGUGGCGACCGCCACCUGCUCAAGAUCAAGAAGUGCCAGUCGUACGACCAGGGCAACUACCGGGUGGUCUGUGGGCCGCACAUCUCCAGCGCCAAGCUCGCUGUCAUGGAAGUGGAGGUUGAGAAGCAUCUGCAGGACACCUCGGGUAAGGAAGGCCAGUCGUGCUCUCUGUCUUGUCAGUUGUCCGUCCCUAACGUAGAAGCUCACUGGUAUAAAAACGGCAAGCAGUUAGAGAUGAAGGGCAGGUUCACGUCUGAGGUGAAGCACAAGGUGCAGAAGCUUCUGAUCAGAGACCUGAAGCACGAAGACCAGGGUCGAUACACCUGCAGGUACCAGCACCUGGAGUCAUCAGCCGACCUCUGGGUGGAAGCCGAGCAAAUUCAUUUCACCAAACGCAUCCACAACGUGGAAGUCAACGAGCGCCAGUCGGCCACCUUUGAGUGUGAGGUGUCGUUUGACAACGCUAUCGUGUCAUGGUACAAAGACACCUGGGAACUGAAAGAGAGCACAAAGUACAACUUCACAAGCGAGGACAGAAGACAUUUCAUGGUCAUCCGAAACGUGUCCAUUGAAGACGAAGGCGUGUACUCAGUGAUUGUGAGGUUGGAGCCCAGAGGAGAGGCUAAGAGCACAGCUGAGCUUUAUUUGUCUGGCAAAGAAAUUGAAUUAGCAAUGGUUCCUAUGGAUGUCCCAGACACCUCGAUUCAGAGGCCUGACGUGUCCUCGUCUGUGGCAAUCCAAGAAUCUGCUGAGUUCUAUCAGUAUGAAGAAGAGAUUGAACACAGAGAAUCAGCUGAAUAUUCGUACCGGGAGGUGGAGGUGGAGCGAAGAGUCGAGUAUCAGAGCCGGACGGAGGAGACGGUUUCACAACAGGUGUCAACAACCAAAGCUGCCAGAGUCGCUGUUGAGGAAAAGGUGGAGACUCAGAGAAUUGGAGUGAGAGAGGAAAUCCCAACUAAAGUUCUCAAAGCUGAAGAGAAAGAACCAGAGGAGAAGCCCACAGCAGCUCUGAAGGUCCAGCCUGAAGUAGUCAAGGCCAAAAAGCCAGUGGAGAAAAAGGCUGCAGUGGUUUCAGUCCCAGAGAAGAAGCAGGUUCCUGCUCUCAAAGAACCAGAGGAGCUUCAGAAGCCUGUUGUUCCCUCACUGCCCACUGAAAAGCCUGGAGUGCCAAAGAAAGAUGAGUCCAAGCCUCAGGUUCAAGCAGAGCCCCAAAAGGUGGCCCCUGCACCAAAGCCUGAACCUGAACCCAGACCCAAACCAAAAGCAGAACCUGAACCAAAGCCUAAAUCCUCACCGGCUCCCAAAGCAGAACCCAAACCUGCCAAGGUCCAGCCGGAGGCUGAAGCUAAGCCGGCAGCGCUGAAGAAGCCAACAACACCACCGUCCAAAGAUGAAACCAAAGGACCUGUGCAGGCACCUGGAGGCGUGAAGAAAGAGGGUCAACCAGCAGAGGAAGCAGGAAGAGGUCGAGGCCGAGGUCUGAAACCCAAGCAGACCCCGUCUCCCGGAGAAGGCCGGGGCCGCGGCCUGAAGCCCGGUGGCAAAGGCCCGUCCCCUCCAGAGGAUCCCUUCGGAGGGUUCAAGCUGAAAGCCGUCCCUCUGAAGUUCAUCAAGAAGCUGAAGGACAUCGUGCUGCAGGAAGCCGAGUCCAUCGGCUCCGCCGCGGUGUUUGAGUGCGAGGUCUCACCUUCCACUGCCAUCACCUCCUGGAUGAAAGAUGGCAGCAACCUGCGCGAGAGCCCCAAGCACAAGUUCACCUCUGACGGCAAAGAUCGCAAGCUGAACAUUAUUGAUGUUCAAUUGUCCGACACUGGUGAAUACAGCUGUGUGGCCAAGAACGCUGGAAAGGAAAUAACGUGCACAGCCAAGCUCAUCGUAGAAGAGUUACCUGUGAAAUGGAUUAAGGAGCUGGAGGAGGAGACUUCUGCUCUGAAGGGUCAGCCCAUCUACAUGACCUGCGAGCUGAACAAAGAGAGAGAUGUGGUGUGGAAGAAGAACAACGAGGUCCUGAAGAAAAAGGCCAACAAGAUUCAGAUCAACAUCAUCGGGAUGCAGCACGCCGUGACCAUCCAGAACAGCUCGGAGCAGGACACUGGUUCUUACUCGUGUGAAGUCUCCGGUCAGGAGGAAGUCAAGACCACGUCAAACGUCAAAGUGAUCGAAAUCAUCAAAGAUUGGAUCGUGAAGCCGCUACGGGACCAGCACGUCAAACCGAAGACGGCUGCUACGUUUAAAUGCGAGCUGUACAAGGACACGCCCAACUGGAAGUGGCUCAAAGGAGAGAUCGAGAUCAGCCCCUCGGACAAGCUCGAGGUCAAGCAGGACGGAAAAGAGCUGACGCUCACCAUCAAGAACUGUCAGCCUGAGGACGUGGCAGAAUACGCCCUGGAGGUGGAAGGACGCGUCUACACGGCCAAGCUCACUCUCGGAGAGCGUGAAGCUGAGAUCCUGAAGCCGUUGGUGAGUGUGGAGGUGACGGAGAAGGGAGAAGCCGUGUUUGAGACGGAGAUCUCUGAGGACGAUGUUCCAGGGGAGUGGAAGCUGAAAGGAGAAGUUCUCACCAGAUCCCCGACGUGCGACAUCUUCAUGGAAGGAAGAGUUCGUAGACUCAAACUGAAGAGCUGUCAGCUGGAUCAGGCUGGAGAGGUGUCGUACCAGGCUCUGAACGCCAUAACCAGCGCCAUGCUCAAUGUCAAAGAGAUUGAAAUGGACUUUGUGGUCCCGCUGAAGGACGUUUCAGUGCCUGAAAAGAAACAGGCCAAGUUCGAAUGCAACAUCACGAAGGAUGUUUCUAAGGUCAUGUGGUACAGAGGGGGUGACAUCAUCACCCCUGACCAAAAGUAUGACAUCAUCGAUGAUGGGAAGAAGCACAUGUUGAUCAUUAACUGCUGCGAGUUUGACGACGAGGACGAGUACUCGAUCGAGGUUCUGAGUAAAAGGUCCACAGCCCGACUCGCGGUGGAGGGUAUCAGGCUGAAAUUCAUCUCGCCGAUAAAAGACCAAACUGUAAAGGAAGGAAAAACAGCUCGAUUUGAGCUGGAACUCUCUCACGAGAACAUUCCCGUCACCUGGUUCAAGAACGACGUGAAGAUUCACCCGAGCAGGACAGUGGUCGCCCACGUGGACGGAAAGAAACACGUGUUAGAAAUAAGAGAUGUGACUCUGGACGACACGUGUCAGAUCAAAGCUGAGGCGAAGGGAGUUCCCUCCAUGGCCAACCUGACGGUCAUAGAGGGCGACGCCUACUUCACAGUCAAACUGCAGGACUACACUGCGAUGGAGAAAGACGAGGUGGUUCUCGACUGUGAGCUCAGCAAAGACGUCAACGUGGUGUGGUACCAUGACGAGGCCGAGGUCAAGGCCUCUAAGAUGGUGGCUGUCAAGGCCGAAGACAAGCGUAGAACCCUUGUGAUUAAGAGAGUUGGGGACAAAGACAAAGGACAGUAUUUAUGUGACUGUGGGACAGACAAGACAACGGCAACACUGCACAUCGAAGCCCGCUCCAUCAAAGUGGUUCGACCAAUGUAUGGAGUCGAAGUGUUUGACGGAGAAACGGCUCGAUUUGAGGUGGAGCUGAGCGAGGACGACGUCCACGGCCAGUGGAAACUGAACGGAGACGUCCUCAGUCCUUCAGCCGACGUUGAGAUUGUGGAGGACGGAGCCAAACACACUCUGGUGCUGUACAACUGCAAAGUGCCUCUGACGGGCGCGCUGUCGUUCACAGCCGCCAACGCCAAGUGCUCUGCCAACCUGAAAGUAAAGGAACCCCCCGUCUCGUUCCUUACGCCGCUCGCCGACCUGCAUGUUUAUGAAAAGGACGAGGCAAAGUUUGAACUGGAAAUUUCCAGAGAAUCUAAAAGCUUCCGUUGGCUGAAGGGAAGUCAGGAGUUGUCAAACGAUGACAAGUUUGAGCUGGUGCUGGAGGGAAAGAGACACGCUCUUAUUGUGAAAUCUGCCAAGUACGAGGACGAAGGCAAAUACAUGUUUGAGGCCGAAGAUAAGAGAACGUCUGGGAAGUUGUUUAUUAAAGGUAUUCGCCUUGAAUUUAUCAAGCCAAUAAAAGAUGUGACUGUGAAGGAGCGAGAAACCGCUGAGUUCAGAGUCGAACUCUCUCAUGAAAAAAUCCCUGUAGUUUGGUACAAAAAUGACGUCCGGCUGCACCCGAGCAAAGUGGUGCACAUGUCCGAGGACGGGAAAGGUCACCGUCUGUCCUUCAAGGAGGUCACGGUGGACGACACGUCCAUGGUCAAAGUGGAGGCCAUGGGCAAGACGUCGGAGGCCAUGCUCACCGUGCUCGAGGGCGACUUGUACUUCACAGCCAAGCUGCAGAACUACACCGCCGUCGAGAAGGACGAGGUGGUUCUGUCCUGCGAGCUGAGCAAAGCCGGCGGCGAGGUCAGGUGGUUCAAAGACGGAACCGAAAUCUGUCCGUCAAAGAACAUUCUCCUCCAAUCAGAUGGCAAGAGGUGCAUAAUGGUCCUCAAGAGGGCGCUAAAGAGCAACAUGGGAACGUACACCUGUGACUGUGGCACGGACAAAACCACGGCUGACCUGAACAUCGAAGAGCGCGACAUCAAGGUGGUCCGCCCGCUGUACAGUGUCGAGGUUACAGAGACGGAGACAGCCAAGUUUGAGACAGAGAUUUCUGAGGAGGACCUUCACGCCACCUGGAAACUCAAGGAGGAGACACUCCACCCGUCGGCUGACGUGGAAAUCAAAGAGGAGGGAACUCGACACAUCUUGAUCCUCUUCAACUGCAGGAAGGAUAUGGCGGGAAGCCUUGACUUCUCUGCAGCAAACGCCAAAUCCUCAGCUCACCUCAGGGUCAAAGCCCGAGUGAUCGUCCUGGCGAAGCCGCUGAAUGACGUGUCCGUGACCGCAGGAGAGACCGCCACCUUCGAGUGCGAGCUGUCCUACGAGGACAUCGCUGUGGAGUGGCUGCUGGGAGGAACCAAGCUGGAGCCAAGUGACAGGGUGGUGCUGAAGGCGGAGGGUAAAGUCCACAGUCUGACUCUGCGAGACGUUCAGCUGAAUGAAGCAGGACAAAUCAAACUCACUGCCAAAGACUUCCAGACGGAGGCGUCACUCGCUGUCAAAGAGCCGGCAGUGGAGUUCACGAAGCCUCUGGAGGACCAGACCGUGGAGGAGGAAGCCACCGCGACACUAGAGUGUGAAGUUUCCAGAGAGCAGGCAGAGGUUCGAUGGUUCCGAGAUGGACAAGACAUCAGGAAAACCAAGAAGUAUGAGAUGAUCGUCGAUGGCCACAAGAGGGCGCUGCUCAUCCACGACUGCACUCUGGACGACUCCAGGACGUACACCUGCGACGCCAAAGAAUUCAAAACCUCCUGUUUCCUCAACGUUGAACCUCCUCAUGUGGAGUUCACGAAGCCGCUCCAUGACGUCGAGGUCAAAGAGAAGGAAUCUGCCAGGUUCGAGUGUGAAGUGUCCAGAGAGGACCUCAAAAUCCGCUGGUUAAAGGAUGGAAUUGAAAUCAGGAAGGGGAAGAAGUAUGAAAUCAUCGCUCAAGGUCGCCAACACAUCCUCAUCGUCCACAAGUCUGCGUUCGAUGAUGAAGCUGAAUAUGAAUGUGACGCCAAGACGGCCAAGUCCUCUGGCAUGCUCACUGUCGUCGAGGAGGAGACAAGAUUCACCAAGAAUCUGUCCAACGUUGAGGGGACGGAGACGGACAGCGUGAAGCUGAUCUGCGAGGUCUCCAAACCCAGCGCCGAUGUCACCUGGUACAAAGGAGACGAGGAGCUGCCGGAGGGCGGCCGCCACGAGAACAUCGUGGACGGUAAGAGGAGGAUCCUCCUCAUCCAGGACCUGAAGAUGGCCGACAGCGGCGAGUACAACUGUCGACUGAGUCCCAGCGUCAAGACCUCCGGAAACCUCAAGAUUAAUGAACUGGCAGCCGAGUUCAUCUCCAGGCCUCAAGGCCAGGAGGUGGUGGAGGGCGAGAAGGCGGAGUUCACCUGCUCCGUCUCCAAAGAAACCUACGAGGUCAAAUGGCUGAAAGACGACAAGGAGCUGGAGGCAGGAGACAAAUACCAGAUGGUGAGCGACGGCAAGCGGCGGACGCUGGUCAUCAAGAGCAGCGAGCUGAAAGACGAGGGGGGGUACGUGGUGAUGAUCGGAGCCACCAGGGCCGGGGCAGACCUUGCGGUUCUCGAGAAACUGAAGAUCAUCACGCCGCUGAAGGACACGGAGGCUAAAGAAGGUCAGGAGGUCGUCCUGAACUGCGAAGUGAACAUUGACGGAGCAAAGGCUAAGUGGCUGAAGAACGAGGAGACAUUGUUUGAGAGCAGCAAGUACGUGAUGGUCCAGAGAGACAACGUCUUCUCUCUGAGGAUCAGAGAGUCUCAGAAGGGAGAUGAAGCCAACUACAGCAUCAACCUGACCAAUCAGAGAGGAGAACAGGCCAAGAGCUCAGGCAACCUCACCGUCACAGAGGAGAGUCUGAGGAUCAUGGUUCCUCUGGAGGACAUCGACACUCAGGAGAAGAAGACCGUUAGCUUCUCCUGUAAGGUCAACAGGCCCAACGCCACGCUGAAGUGGAUGAAGGCCGGGGAGGAGAUCACCUUCAACAAACGAGUCGUUUACAGAGUCGACCAAGACAAGCACACGCUCACCAUCAAGGACUGCACGCUGGCUGACGAGGGCGAGUACACCGCCGUGGCCGGAGACAGCAAGUCCACAGCGGAGCUGAUCAUCAGCGAGGCACCCACAGACUUCAGCUCUCAGCUGAAGGACCAGACCAUCACCGAGUUCGAGGACGCAGAGUUCUCAUGUAAACUGACCAAAGAGAAAGCAGAAGUCAAGUGGUACAGGAAUGGACGAGAGAUCAGAGAAGGACCCAGAUUCAAGUUUGAAAAAGACGGAAAGAUUUGCACGUUACGUAUCAAAGAGUGCAGACCUGAUGAUGAGUGUGAAUACGCCUGUGGUGUGGAUGAGAAGAGGUCCAGAGCCAGACUCUUCGUGGAAGAGACGCCGGUGGAGAUCGUCCGACCGCCACAGGACGUGUUCGAACCCCCUGGCUCGGACAUCGUGUUCGAGGUGGAGCUGAACAAGGACCGAGUGGAAGUGAAGUGGUUGAGGAACAACAUGACGGUCGUCCAGGGGGACAAGUACCAGAUGAUGAGCGAGGGUAAAGUCCACAGACUGCAGGUGUGUGAGAUCAGACCUCGAGACCAGGGCGAGUACAGAAUCAUCGUCAAGGACAAAGAUGCAAAGGCCAAGCUGGAGCUGGCAGCUGUGCCUCAGAUAAAGACCACGGACCAGAGCUACGUCACAGACGCCGGGAAGCCCAUCGUCAUGGCCGUCCCUUACAGCGCCUACCCGCAGGCCCAGGCCGACUGGCUGUACGACAACCAGAGUCUGCCCAAAGACGACAUCCACACCUCCGCUGACCGCACAGAGUAUCGGCUGAAGGACCCCAAGAAGUCGGACGAGGGCCAAUACAAGAUCACGAUCAAGAACAAACACGGAGAGGGAGAAGCCUUCAUCAACCUCAGCGUCAUCGACGUCCCCGGACCCGUGAAGAACCUGCAGGUGGUCGAUACCGCAGAUGGAGAGGUCAGCCUGGCGUGGGAGGAGCCUGAGAAUGAUGGGGGCAGCAAGGUCACUGGCUACGUGGUGGAGAGACGCGACGUGAAGCGAAAGACCUGGACGCUGGCCACAGAGCAGGCCGACAGUCCCGAGUACACGGUGACCGGCCUCCACAGAGACUCCAUGUACCUGUUCAGAGUCUGUGCCCGGAACCGGGUCGGCAGCGGACCCAUCGUAGAGACCGACAAACCCGUACAGGCCAAGAACAAGUUUGACGUUCCUGAAGCUCCUUUGAACGUGAUCGUAGGAAAUGUCUCAAAGUUCGGCUGCACCGUCUCCUGGGAAACUCCCGAGUCGGACGGCGGCUCUCCCAUCAGCUCUUACAUCAUCGAGCUGCGUGACCGCACGUCGGUGAAGUGGUCGCCCGUGCAGGUGACCAAGGCCGACGAGCUCAGCGCCAUCAUCAACGAUGUCAUAGAGAACAAAGAGUACAUCUUCAGAGUCAAAGCCGAGAACAAAGCCGGCGUCGGCAAACCCAGCGCCGCCUCACGGCCCGUCAAGAUCAUGGAUCCUAUUGAGCGUCCCAGUCCUCCUCUGAACCUUUCCUGGCAAGACCAGAACAAGAGCUCGGUGCAGCUGGCCUGGGAGACACCUCUGAGGAACGGAGGCAGCAUGAUCACCGGCUACAUCAUCGAACGCUGUGUGGACGCCACCGACAAGUGGCUGCGCUGCAACGCUCGCCUCUGCCCCGACCUCUUCUACAAGGUGUCUGGUCUGAAAUAUGGAACCAAGUACAACUACAGAGUGUUUGCUGAAAACGCAGCCGGCGUCUCUGACCCGUCCAAUGUGAACGGACCCCUGCUGGCUGACGACCCACAUGUCGGUCCGGCCUUUGACCUAAGUGCUUUCAAAAACGGCCUGGAGGUCAUCGUCCCUCAGCCUCUGAGCAUCAGAGUCCCCAUCUCCGGGUACCCGACCCCCAUCGCCAAGUGGACCUUCGGAGAGAAGGAGCUGACCACUGCUGAUGAGCGAAUCAGCCUGAUGACCAAGUCCACGUUCACAGAACUGAUCGUCACGCCGAGCGUCCGCCCGGACAAAGGCGUCUACGUCCUGCAGCUGGAGAACGACGUCACAUCCGUCUCUGGAGAGAUCGAAGUCAACGUCAUCGCUGCACCCAGUGCUCCGAAGGACUUCAAGGUUCUGGAAGUGACCCGGCAGCACGUGCACCUGAGCUGGGAGGCGCCCGAGCACGACGGAGGAAGUCCUCUGACCGGCUACCAGGUGGAGAAACGAGACGUGUCCCGCAAGACCUGGGUCAAGGUGAGCACAGGAGUCCAGGAUCAGGAGUUUACUGUCACUGACGUGGUGGAAGGGAAGGAGUAUCUGUUCAGAGUGACCGCCUGCAACAAGUGUGGACCAGGAGAGCCGGCAUACAUCGACGAGCCCGUCAGCGUCUCCUCUCCUGCGACUGUGCCCGAUCCUCCAGAGAACUUGAAGUGGAGGGACAAGUCAGCCAGCGGCAUCUUCCUGACCUGGGAGCCACCAAAGUACGACGGGGGCAGUGGCAUCCGAGGCUACAACGUGGAUCGCUGCCAGAGAGGAACUGAUAAGUGGGAGCCCUGCGGGGACAUGGUGCCUGAGCUGAAGUGCCAGGUGACCGGUCUGAUCGAGGGCCAGUGGUACUCCUACAGAGUCCGAGCCCUGAAUGGACUCGGAGCAGGCCGACCCUGCAAGGCCACGGACGAGAUCCAGGCCGUUGAUCCCAAAGAGCCUCCAGAGAUCCAGCUGGACGCCAAGCUGUUGGCCGGUCUGACGGCCAAAGCCGGCAGCAAGAUUGAACUCGCCGCUGAGGUGACGGGUAAGCCCGAGCCCCGGGUGAAGUGGACCAAGGCCGACCUGGUCCUCAAAGCAGAGGACAGAGUCUCCAUUGACACCAAGGUGGGACACUCAACUGUCACUAUCGCCAAGACCAAGAGAGACGAUAGCUCCACCUACAUCAUUGAAGCCACCAACAGCAGCGGGCGCGCCACAGCCACCGUCGACGUCAACAUCCUCGAUAAGCCUGGUCCUCCAGCUGCCUUCGACAUCUCUGAGAUCACCAACGAAUCCUGCUUCCUGGCCUGGAACCCGCCGCGCGAUGACGGCGGCUCCAGAGUCACCAACUACAUCGUCGAGCGCAGAGCUGCCGACAGCGAGAUCUGGCACCGCCUGUCCUCCACCAUCAAACAGACCACCUACAAAGCUGUGGCUCUGGUCAAGUUCAAGGAGUACAUCUUCAGAGUCUUCGCAGAGAACCAGUUCGGUGUUGGUCCAGCGGCUGAACAUCCAUCCAUUAUUGCCAGAUAUCCCUUCGACACUCCCGGAGCUCCUUACAAGCUGGAGCAUUCGGACAUCACCAAGGACUCUCUGACUCUGACCUGGUACGAGCCUGACGAGGACGGAGGAAGCCCGAUUACAGGAUACUGGGUGGAGAGACACGAGCCCGACCACGACAAGUGGAUCAGAUGCAACAAGCUGCCGAUCAAGGACACCAACUACAGGGUCAAAGGUCUUCCCACCAGGAAGAAAUACAAGUUCAGAGUCCUGGCUGAGAAUCUGGCUGGGACUGGAAAACCCAGCAAAGAGACAGACAUGAUCCUCGUCAAAGAUCCAAUUGAUCCUCCAUGGCCUCCUGGUAAACCCAACGUGAAAGACGUGGCUAAGACUUCCUGUUUCCUGACGUGGACCAAACCAGAGCACGAUGGUGGAGCAAAGAUCGAGGGCUACGUCAUUGAGAUGCUGAAGAGUGGCAACAUAGACUGGAUCCGCGUGGCAGAGGACAUCAGUCUCCUGCAGCACUCCCUGAGCGGCCUGAUGGAGAAGCAGGAGUACUCGUUCAGGGUGCGAGCGGUGAACGUGGCCGGAGAGAGCGAACCCAGCGAGCCCAGCGACCCAGUGCUCUGCAAAGAGAGACUCAAUCCUCCUUCUGCUCCUCGCUGGUUGAACGUUGUGAGCAUCAGCAGGAACAGCGCCGAGUUGAAGUGGACGGCUCCCGAGCGCGACGGCGGCUCGCCCAUCACCAACUACGUGGUGGAGAAGCGUGACGUCAGACGUAAAGGCUGGCAGGCUGUGGACACCACCGUGAAGGAGCUGAAGUACAGCGUGACUCCUCUGAACGAGGGCUCACUGUACGUGUUCCGCAUCGCCGCCGAGAACUCAGCCGGCGUCGGGCCGUUCUGUGAGCUGGAGGACUCUGUGCUCGCCAAAGACACCUUCACCACUCCUGGUCCUCCGUACGCUCUCACUGUCAACGCUGUGACCAAAAGAUAUGUGGACCUUCAGUGGGAGGAGCCUAAAAACGAUGGUGGCCGACCCAUCCUCAGGUUUUCAGUUGAGAAGAAGGAGAAGCUUGGCACUCGCUGGGUUAAAUGUGGGAAGACUUCAGGUCCGGACUGUAAGUACAGAGUGACCGAUGUCAUCGAAGGAACAGAGGUUCAGUUCCAGGUCCUCGCCGAGAACGAGGCCGGCAUCGGACAUCCGAGCGAACCCACCGAGAUCCUCACCAUCGAGGAUCCCACAGGUGUCCCAUCUCCACCCAUCGAGCUACACAUCACUGGCGCCAGCCGGGACUUCCUGUCCAUCUGCUGGAAACCUCCGCAGAGGAACGGCGGCUGCCCCAUCUCCGGAUACCACAUCGAGAUGUGCGAGGCCGGAACAGAGAAGUGGAUGAGGGUCAACUCUCGUCCAGUGAAGGAGCUGAAGUACCGUGUGGAAGAGGGGGUGAUCGCUGAGAAGGAGUACAUCCUGAGAGUGAGGGCCAUCAACUCGGUCGGAGUGAGCGAGCCCUCCGACAUCUCCGAGAACGUCUUCGCCAAAGACUCCGACUGUAACCCGACACUGGACUUCCAGACUAUGGACCUGGUUGUGGUGGAAAACGAGAAGAUGCACAUCCCAGUUCCAUUCAGAGCCGUCCCCUCCCCACGGAUCACCUGGCACAAGGACGGGAAAGAGCUGAAGGCUGACGAGCGUCUCGGCUUCAGGAAAGAGUACACUUCCUGUCACCUGGAGGUCGACAGCAGCCGUCACGCUGACGCCGGCGUGUACAAAGUGACUCUGGAGAACAAACUCGGAGCCUCCAGCGGCACCAUCAACGUCAAAGUCAUCGGUCUUCCUGGUCCCUGUAAGGAGAUCAUAGCCUCUGAGAUCACAAAGAGCUCCUGCAAAGUGUCCUGGGAUCCUCCAGACUACGACGGAGGAAGCCCCAUUCUUCACUACGUCAUGCAGCGGCGUGAGGCCGGCAGGAGAACAUACGUCAACAUGAUGUCCGGAGAGAACAAGCUGAGCUGGAACGUCAAAGACCUGAUACCGAACGGAGAGUACUACUUCAGAGUCCAGGCCGUCAACAAGAUCGGAGGAGGAGAGUUCCUCGAGCUCCGCAACCCCGUCAUCGCAGAGGACCAGAAACAUGCUCCCGACCCCCCGGUGGACGUGGAGACCCACAACCCCACAUCUAGCACCAUCACUCUGACCUGGAAGCCUCCCAUGUAUGAUGGCGGCUCGAAAAUCAUGGGCUACGUACUGGAGAGGCAACAAAAGGGCCAGGACAAGUGGGAAAGGUGCAACGACUUCCUGGUGCCCGUCUUGUCCUACACCGUCAGAGGACUGACGGAGGGAAAGAGUUACGCCUUCAGAGUCAGAGCCGAAAACGCAGCCGGAGUCAGCGAGCCGUCACGUGGCACGCUGUUCGUUAAGGUGUCGGACGCUGUCGAUGCUCCGAAGGUCUUCCUGAGCGGCAGCCUGCAGUCAGGUCUCAACGUGAAACGAGGCUGCGAGAUCUGCUUAGAUGCAAACAUCUCCGGAGCUCCAUACCCUGAGAUCACCUGGUACUGGAACAACCAGGUGAUCCGGCCCGAGGCGCUCCGCAAGAGGCCCGAAAAGCCCCUGAAGAAGAAGGUGGAGAAGAAGGAGGAGAAGAAGGAGGAGAAGAAAGAGGAGAAGAAGGAGGGAGAGGAGAAGAAGGAGGGAGAGGUGAAGGAGGGAGAGGUGAAGGAAGGAGAAGAGAAGAAAGAAGAAGAGGAGAAAAAGAAGGAGGAGGAGGCAGCAGAGCCGGAAGUGGAAGAGUCUGACUACCCAACGAUAAACGAGCGUCUGGCCAUCGACAAUCACCGCAGAGGAACUUCCUCCAUCGUCAUCAGGGACUCGAUCCGCGGCGACCACGGUGUCUACAUGGUGAAGCUGGAGAACGACCACGGCACGGCCUCGGCAACCUGCGAGGUCAACGUGCUCGAUACUCCAGGUCCUCCUAUCAACUUCAGAUUCGAGGAGGUAAGGAAGAACUCUGUGGUCUGCAAGUGGGAUGCUCCUCUGGAUGAUGGCGGCAGCGAGAUCCUAAACUACACCCUGGAGAAGAAGGACAACUCAAAGCUGGAGUUUGGCUGGAGCAGUGUCACCACCACUCUGAGAGGAUGCAGAUACCUGGUGCCCAAACUCAUUGAGAAGAAGGAGUACAUCUUCAGGGCCGUGGCUGAGAACAAGUUGGGUGCUGGACCCGCCUGUGUCUCCAAACCACUCAUCGCCAAGAAUCCUUUCGAUCCUCCCGAGGCUCCUGAAAAGCCCGAGAUCGAUGACAUCACAGCCCACAGCAUGCUGGUCACCUGGAACCAGCCCAACGACCACGGCAGCCCCAUCACAGGAUACUGGGUGGAGCGACGCGAGAUCAACAGCUCACACUGGGCUCGUGUUAACAGGAACAUCGUCCCAGACACUCAACUGAACGUGGAGGGUCUGCUCGAGGGCCUGACCUACAUCUUCAGGGUGGCAGCUGAAAACCAAGCCGGCCCUGGAAAGUUCAGCGUCCCGUCUGAACCCAAAACCGCCCAAGCUCCCAUUUUACCUCCUGGACCACCUGUCGCCCGAGUGGCCGACACCACUGACCACUCCAUCGAUGUGGAGUGGGACCCACCUGCAGACAACGGUGGAGGAGAGAUCCUGGGCUACCACGUGGACAAGGCCAUGGCCGGUACCAAGGACUGGUCCAGGUCCACAGAGCGUCCCUGGAAGACCCGGGCGUUCACCGUCUACGGAGUCCGUGACGGAGCCAAGUACAUGGUCCGAGUCAUCGCCUGCAACGCAGCCGGAGAGGGAACGCCCGGAUUCACAGAGUCUGUGUUCGUCAGGAAUCCUGCAGAGUUGCCAGCGAUUGAACUGGACCUGUCCGUGAAGAAUGGCUUGGUCAUCAGAGCCGGAGAGAACCUUCGUGUUCCCGCUACAGUGACAGGUAAACCCUACCCCUCCCUCACCUGGACCAAGGACGAUGGUAAACCAGACAAAGACCGUGUGGAGAUUCUGACUGAAGGAAACGACAGCGUUGUUUCAAUCAACAACGUCCAGAGGAAGGACUGCGGCAAAUACCAGAUCUCUGCUUGCAACCCCAGUGGAAAGAAAUCUGCUUGGACCAGAGUGGAGGUUGUGGACGUCCCCGGACCUGUCACGGACCUGAAGCCUGUUGUCGUCACUCGUAAGAUGAUCUUCCUGAACUGGGACGACCCUGUGGACGACGGAGGCAGCGACCUGUUGGGCUUCAUCGUCGAGCGAAAAGACGGCAAGAUGCACACGUGGAGGCAGCCGGUUGAAACCACCUCCUCCAAGUGCGAGUGCAGUGGCAUCAAUGAGGGACAGGUCUACACGUUCCGCGUUAUUGCCAAAAACAAGUAUGGACUGGGGCCGCCCGUCGAGCUGGAACCCAUCACAGCCGUGGACCCUCAAGGUCCACCAUCGUACCCCGAGAAAUUCCAUUACACCGAGCGCACCAAGAACUCCAUUUCAUUUUCCUGGAAGCCACCGCGUAAUGACGGAGGAAGCCCGCUCAUCGGGUACUUCGUGGAGAAGAAGAGGCAGGACCAGCAGGCCUUCGAGCCCUGCAACACAGAGAUCUGCCCCGACAUGACGAUGACUGUGGAGGGGCUGGAAGACGCCUGGAUGUACGAGUUCAGGAUCAAGUGUGCUAACCUCAUCGGAGAGAGCGAGCCGUCCAUCCCGCUCCUCGUGGUCAUCCAAGAUGAUGAAGUGUCUCCUGAGGUCCACAUGCUGAAGCACUUCAAGGGGGACUCUAUUACUGUGAGAAAGGGCGAAGCCAUUGAGCUGCCCGCCGACAUCCUGGGACUCCCCAUCCCUAAGAUCGAGUGGUCCAAAGAUGACGUGGUCAUCGAGACGCCGACUGAAACUCUGCUGAUUGAAACAGAGGUGACGGGCAGGUUGAACGCCAAGACCACGCUGUCCAUCCCAUCAGUCAACAGGAGGGACGCCGGCAGCUACACUGUCACUGCCUCCAACAACAUGGGCUCAGCCAAACACACCACCUCCAUCAGUGUGCUGGACCGACCCCUUCCACCCAGGAAUGUGACGGUGUCGAACAUCAAGGCGGAGGCCUGCUACCUCCGGUGGGACGCGCCCCUGGACAACGGCGGCAGCGAACUGACCAACUACAUUGUUGAAAAGAAAGAAGUGAAGACGGAGGAGCCGGAGCUGGAGGAGGGACAGGAAGCUCCAGCUGAGCCCGAGUGGGUGGAGGUUAACAACUGCAUCGUUGAGAAGAAAUUCGGGGUGUGGAACCUGGAGACCAACAAGACGUACUUGUUCCGGGUCCGAGCUGAAAACCGCUAUGGCAAAUCUGACCCAUGUGCGACAGAGCAGGUCCAGAUCACAGACCCCUUCGGCCUCCCUGGCCCUCCAGAGAAACCGACCAUCACGGAAUACGAGAAGACCUCCAUGACCCUGACCUGGGAGCCUCCCAGGGACAAUGGCGGCUCCAUGAUUAUUGGCUACUGGCUGGAGAAAAGAGAGAAAGGCACAGACUACUGGGCCAAAGUCAACAAGGGGCCGGUCACCAAGAGGGGCACCAAAGGCUGGGAGUACCAGGCAACUCGUCUGUUUGAAGGAACUGAGUACGAGUUCCGAGUUGCUGCCUUCAACUCUGCUGGAGCUGGUCCGUUCAGUGGGCCGUCCGACUCGGCCUUUGCCGUCAGUCCCAUCACUCCUCCCAGCAUGCCUGCUGCCCCGGAGGUGGCUGAUAAGACGAAGCACAACGUCACUCUGACCUGGAAACCGCCAGAGAGUGACGGGGGAAGUCCCAUCAAAGGCUACAUCAUCCAGAUCCAGGCUGAAGGUUCCGCCGUGUGGAUGACGGUGAACGACCCUGACACCGUUCACCCCACCACCGAGUACACAGUGCCCAGUCUCCGCGAGCUGAAGCACUACCGCUUCCGAAUCAUCGCUGUCAAUGACAUUGGCGAGUCCGACCCCAGCCCUCGCACCCAGGAGGUUCUGAUCGAGGAUGUCAAGCUCGGACCGUCCAUCUCCAUCGACAUGCUGGUCGACGACCUGCUCUACAUCCGUGCCGGUGAUCCUAUCAAGAUCCCCGCCACCAUUAAGGGCCGGCCAGCUCCCAAGGUCACCUGGGACUUCGAUGGAAAAGCCAAGUCACACAAGAAGAACAAAGUGCACACACUGCCUGUCGACUCCGAGGUGGAGUCCACUGACACCACCUCUGUCGUGAUGAUCCCUGUGAGUCUGAGGAGCCACUCCGGACGUUACACCAUCACUGCAAAGAACAAGUCUGGACAGAAACACGUGAAUGUCAGAGUCAAUGUCCUCGACGUCCCCGGAGCUCCAAAGGACCUGAGAGUUACUGACAUCACCCGGGCUACCAUGAGGCUGAUCUGGAAACUGCCCGAUAACGACGGAGGAGAGAGAAUUAAGAGCUACUUCAUCGAGAAGAAAAGCGUCAUUGACAAGGCCUGGACCAAGGUGAACGCGGCCUGUGCCAGUCAGGCGUACGUGGUGCCAGGUCUGCUGGAGGGUCAGGACUACCUGUUCAGGAUCCGAGCUGAGAACAGACUCGGAUUUGGUCCGUUUACCGUCACCACGGAACCUGCUCGGGCCAGAGAUCCCAUCUACCCCCCCGACCCCCCCACCAAGCUGAAGGUUAACCUGGUGACAAAGACGGCCGUGACUCUGAGCUGGGAGGUGCCGAAAAACAACGGUGGCUCCCCGGUGAAGCAUUACAUCAUCGAGCGUCUGAGCUGGGACACAAGCGGCAAAGAGAAGGAGACGUGGAAACAGUGCAACAAGAGAGACGUGGAGGAGCUGGGCUUCGUGGUGGAGGACCUGAAGGAGGGAGGAGAAUAUGAGUUCAGAGUGAAAGCUGUGAACGCUGCCGGACCCAGCCGCCCCUCGGCCACCAUCGGACCAAUGCUCAUCAAGGAUCAGACAUGUGCUCCCACUAUCGAGCUGCGUGAGGCCCUGGAGGGCGAGGAGGGCUGUGAUGUCAGCUUGGUCGCGAAGGUGAGUGGCUGUCCGUUCCCCACUCUCACCUGGAACAUGGCCAGCCUGGCCAAACCUGAAGAGAAGGCUGCCGUCCAGUACGGCCAGCACAUCAGCAAACUGGUGACGCAGGAUAAAUGCACGCUGCUGAUCCAGCAGGCCAGCAGGCACGACAGCGCCCUCUACAGCCUGACGGCUAAAAACAGCCUGGGCACUGUCACCAAGGACAUCAAGCUCUCGGUGCUGGGACCUCCUGGCCAGCCCGUCGCACCAAUCACAUUGACCGAGGUGUUUGCAGACAGGAUCGGUCUGGCCUGGAACCCUCCCACAGACGACGGUGGAUCCAAGAUCACUAACUACGUGGUGGAGAAGCGUGAGGACAACAGGAAGUCCUGGGUGCAUGUUUCCAACGACCCCAAAGAGUGCGUGUACGUGGUGACCCGUCUAACGGAGAACCAUGAGUAUGAGUUCCGAGUCAUGGCCCAGAACAAGUUCGGAGUUGGGCCUCCACUGGUCAGCCCGGCGGAGAAGGCCAGAAACUUGUUCACCGUCCCGGGUCAGUGUGAGAAACCGACAGUGACCGAGGUCUGUCUCGAGUCCAUGACCGUCAACUGGGACGAGCCAAAGUACGACGGCGGCUCCCCCAUCACUGGGUACUUCGUAGAGAAGAAGGAGACCACCGCCAAGCGCUGGGCCCGUGUGAACCGUGACCCAAUCCGAGCGCUGCCAAUCGGCAACAGCUGGGACGUCACUGGUUUGCUGGACGGUGCCCUGUACCAGUUCAGGGUCAUCGCCGCCAACGCUGCUGGCUGCGGUCUCCCCAGUGUUCCCUCCGACCCUGUCCUCUGCAGAGACCCCAUCAAACCUCCCGGACCCCCGACUCCGAAGGUGACCGACUGGACAAAGUCCACAGUGGAUUUGGAGUGGGUCGCUCCUGUGGUGGACGGAGGGUCAAAGGUCACUGGGUACAUUGUAGAGUUCAAGGAAGUGAAUAAGGAGGAGGAGGAGAAGAAAGCCCAGAGGAAGCUGCUGCUGCUGAGCGAGGCCGAGAAGGAGCCCGAUGCCGAGGAGAGUUGGACCAAGGCAAAGGAAACAGAAAUCAGAGGAACCAGGUUUGUGGUGGAUGGCCUGAAGGAAGGCGGUCUGUACCGCUUCCGAGUCCGAGCCGUGAACGCUGCCGGAGUGGGAGAUGCAGGACUCGUAUCAGAGCUGAUUGAAACCAAAGACAGAACAAUUCCUCCUGAGAUGGACCUGGACGCCUCGGUGAAGGAGAAGAUCGUGGUCCACGCUGGAGCCACCAUCCGCAUCAUCGCCUAUGUGUCUGGUAAACCCGCCCCGCAGAUCACCUGGUGCCGAGACGAUGCUGAGGUGCCCAAAGAGGCUGUGGUGGAGACGACUGGUAUCUCCAACUCGCUGGUCAUCAAGAACUGCAGACGCCAGCACCAGGGCAUCUACACCCUGUGUGCCAAGAACGAGGGAGGAGAGAGGAAGAAGGCCGUUGUGGUCGAGGUCCUGGACGUCCCUGGACCCGUUGGUCUGCCCUUCGCUGGUGAGAACCUGACCAAUGACUCCUGUAAGUUGACCUGGAGCUCCCCCGAGGACAAUGGUGGAUCGGCCAUCACCAACUACAUCAUCGAGAAGAGGGAGGCGGACCGCAUGGGCUGGACCUCGGUGUCCUACACGGUGACGAGGAACAACGCUGUGGUUCAGGGACUCAUUGAUGGGAAAGGCUACUUCUUCAGGAUCGCAGCCGAGAACAUCAUCGGCAUGGGACCGUUCAUCGAGACGGACAAAAUGGUUCUCAUCAAGGACCCCAUCUCCGUCCCUGAGCGUCCAGAGGACCUGUUCGUCACAGCAGUCACCAAGGACUCCAUCUCUGUCACCUGGAGACCGCCUAAGUACGAUGGCGGCGCCGAGGUGAUUGAGUACGUCCUUGAGUCCCGCAUGGUCGGCCGGGACAACUUCACACGAGUAGGUGCCGAGGACAAACUGAUGGACAGGAAGUUCACAAUGACCGGGCUGAAGGACGGAUCGAGCCAUGAGUUCAGAGUCUCUGCCAUCAACCAGGUGGGACAAGGGAAACCGUCCUUUGCCACCAAACCGGUGCAGUGCAAGGACGAGAUCGAACCUCCCACUCUGGACCUGGACUUCAGAGACAAGACGAUGGUGAAGGUUGGAGACAGCUGCACACUGUCCGGACGCUACAGUGGCAAACCGGCCCCGACCAUCAGCUGGAAGAAGAACGACGAGGAGCUGAAGGCCGAUGAGGAGAUCCACCUCCACAGCACCGCCCGCCAUCUCAGCCUGAACAUCAGCAAAGCCAAGAGAGAGCACAGCGGCUGCUACUGCGUCAGCGUGGAGAACGCUGCCGGAGCUCGCAAAGGAAUCUGCACCAUCACUGUGGUUGACCGUCCUCAGCCUCCAGAGGGACCUGUGGUCUUUAACGAGGUCUACAGGAACUACAUGGUGAUCUCCUGGAACGCGCCUCUGGAUGACGGAGGCUGCGCCAUCUCCAACUACAUCAUCGAGAAGAGAGACACCAACAGAGACCUGUGGAUGCCCGUCACCGCGUCCUGCACCAGGACGUCCUGCAAGGUUCCGAAGCUGAUCGAGGGUCGUGACUACAUCGUCAGGAUCAUGGCUCAGAACAUCUACGGCAUCAGCGAGCCGCUCCUGUCUGCAGAGACCAAGGCCAGAGACGUGUUCAAGGUGCCUGAAGCUCCUAAACAGCCCACAGUGAAAGAGGUCUACCAUGACUCCGCCCUCAUCAGCUGGGAACCACCAGCAGACGGAGGAAAGCCCAUCACAAGCUACAUCGUGGAGAGGAAGGAGACCAUGGCCAACAGGUGGGUGCGAUGCAACACGGACAAAAUCCAUCCCAAGGUGGAGUACUGGAUAACGGAGCUGCUACAAGGGUGUGAGUACGAGUUCCGAGUCAGUGCUGAGAACGAGGUGGGAGCCGGCGACCCAAGUCCCCCAUCCAAACCCGUCUUUGCCAAGGAUCCAAUAGUGAAACCUGGUCCACCACUGAACCUCCAGGCCAUCGACUUCACCAAGGAGUCUGCGACUCUGACCUGGGACCCGCCCACUGACACCGGAAGAGGAAAGAUCUUUGGAUACCUGGUGGAGUUCAUGAAGGCUGGAGAGGAGGAGUGGCAAAAGGUGAACCAGACUCCAGACUCCUGCCAGGAGACCAAACUGAAGGUGAUCAACCUGGAUGAUGGCGGUCUGUACCGCUUCAGAGUCAUGGCCGUCAACGCUGCUGGAGAGUCUGACCCGGCUAAUGUGAAAGAGCCAAUCAGAGUGCAAGACAGACUUGAGCCUCCAGAGCUGAUUCUGGAUGCCGCAAUGACCCGAGAGAUCAAGGCCCUGAGCGGCACUCACAUCACUCUGAUGGCAGCCAUCAAAGGUGCCCCGUUCCCCAAGGUCACCUGGAAAAAGAACGAGGCUGAGGUUCCGACCAGGGCGGACAUUGACACCAGCCAUUCAGGCACUAAGCUGGAGAUGAGGUUCUGUAACCGUGGUGACUGUGGAGACUACACCCUGAAUGUGGAGAACCCAGCCGGAUCCAAGACCGUCACCUGCACUGUGCUGGUCCUGGACAAACCUGGACCCAUCCAGCACCUGCGGGCCUCGGAUGUCAGAAGUGACUCUGCCUACCUUUCCUGGAAGGACCCAGAAGACAACGGCGGUGUGCGCAUUACAAACUUUGUGGUGGAGAAGAAAGACACAACAUCCACUCAGUGGGUCCCCGUCUGCUCCACAUCCAAGAAGCGCAGCAUGACGCUGAAGCACCUGAUGGAGGGCACCGCCUACGUUUUCCGAGUCGCUGCUGAGAACCAGUACGGCCGCAGCGAGUACGUUGAGACGCCCAAGGCCAUCAAGGCAAUGAACCCACUCUUCCCACCUGGUCCUCCCAAAGACCUGCACCAUGUCGACGUGGACAAGACCGAGGUGUGGUUGGUCUGGAACUGGCCUGACCGCAAUGGAGGAAGUGAGAUAACAGGCUUCCUGGUGGAGUAUCAGGAGGAGGGAGAGAGGGAAUGGGAUGAGUGGAAGAUGGUCAGCAUCCCAGAGAGUCAUGUGACUGGCCUGGAGGAAGGAAAGACCUACCGCUUCAGAGUGAGGACAGAGAAUGCCAUUGGCCUGAGCAGACCCGACACCACCGUGCCCAUCCUCUGCCAGGAGAAACUGGUGGCUCCAAUCGUUGAGGUGGACGUGAAGCUGAUUGAAGGCAUCGUUGUGAAGGCCGGCACCACCAUCAGGCUGCCAGCUAUCAUGAGAGGAAUCCCUGUUCCUACUGCCAAGUGGUCCAUCGAUGGAGAGGAGAUCACCAGCCAGGGCAACAUCAAGAUCGACACUGACAACUUCUCCACUGUGCUCAGCAUCAAUGAGUGCACAAGGAACCACAGUGGUACCUACUUGCUCACUGUGUCCAACCCAGCUGGAAGCAAGACAGUGGGCUUGAACGUCAGUGUCCUGGAUGUUCCAGCAGCUCCCAUUGGACCUGCCAACAUCCUGGAAGUUGCUCCUGACUCAAUGAUGAUUGAAUGGCGUCCUCCUAAGGAUGAUGGUGGCAGCCCUGUCACCAACUACAUUGUGGAGAAGAGGGAGUCCAACAAGGAGACCUGGGGAGGUGUUGUCUCAGGCAGCCUCGCUACCCAGCUCAGGAUCACCCGCCUCCAGAAGGGAGUGGAAUAUGUAGUUCGCAUUCGUGCUGAGAACAAGAUGGGUAUUGGUGCUCCUCUGGAGACCAAGCCCACUGUUGCUGAGCACUCCUUCAUGCCACCUAGUCAGCCUGGUAAGCCACAGACCUCUGAUAUUGCAGAAGACGCUGUCACAGUCGGCUGGACCAUGCCCCUGUCUGAUGGAGGCAGCCAGAUCAAUGGCUACAUCAUUGAGCGCAGACACAUGGGAGGAAAAUGGAUCCGUGUCAAUAAGACACCUUGCAAGGACCUGAGGUACAGAGUCCUGGGUCUGUUUGAGGGCAAUGAGUAUGAGUUCAGAGUGUUUGCUGAGAAUAUCGCUGGCUACAGUGGACCCUCCCCCAUCUCUGACCCCUGCAAGCCCUGCAGGCCUAUCACUGUCCCAAGUCCACCUGUGAACCCCAGAGUUAAAGAUUACAGCAAGACCACUGCAGACCUGGUCUGGACCAAACCCAAUAAAGACGGCGGCAGCCCCAUCCUGGGCUACAAUGUGGAAAUAAAGAAAGCAGAUACGGACGAAUGGAAAAAAGUGAACCUGGAAGACUUCGUAAAGCAGUGUGCCUAUAGGGUGGAGGGACUGGAAGAGGGCGUGACCUACAGAUUCAAAGUCUGUGCCUCAAACAUGAUCGGAGAUGGAGAACCCAGAGAAGUCCCAGAGUCCAUCACGACACAGGAUAUCCUCAUCCCUCCAGAGAUAGAGAUGGAGGCCUCCUGCAGAGAGCGUCUCACUGUGCGUGCCGGACACAAUAUCAACAUUAUCGGCUACAUUAAGGCCCGUCCUGACCCAGAGGUCAUUUGGUCAAAGGAGGAGACAGUUUUCGAGAACAACAAACGCGUCACCAUCACUCAGAACUUCCCCUUGGUCCAAUUGAAGAUUAAGGAGGCCACAAGAGCCGAUCAUGGCCAAUACGUCCUUAAGGCUUCAAACGUAGGCGGAGAAGCCUCCUGCACAAUCACAGUCAAUGUGCUAGACAGACCCAGCCACUGCCAGAGCCUGCACAUUACUUAUUCAACCAAGGAUUCAUGCAUGAUCAACUGGGAGGCCCCUAAAGACAACGGUGGAUCUGAGAUCACAAACUACAUUGUGGAGUGCCGUGAGCCUAGCAUGUGCAUGUGGUCCAUGAUCUCCUCCAACUGCACAAAUCGCAAGAUCAAGGCCAAACUGAUGGAGGGCCAUGAGUACAUGUUCCGUGUCUGUGCAGAGAACAAGGUAGGACCUGGACCAACUGUUGAGACCAAGACCCCUCUGAUGGCCAUUGACCCCAUUGAAAAGCCUGGUGAGCCUGAGAAGUUCAGAGCCACUGACAUUGGUAAAAACUAUGUCUACCUGAGAUGGAGGAAGCCAGACUAUGAUGGUGGAAGCCCCAACCUCUCCUACAACCUGGAGUGCAAAGUCAAAGAUGCUGCAGAGUGGGCGAAACUCAACACUGGCCCUCUCACCGACACCUUCUUCCUGGCUGACAAGUGUCUAGAGAAUCAGACGUACACCUUCAGGGUGCAGACUGUUAAUGAGGGAGGUGAAAGUACCUGGGUGAGUCUUGCUGAUAUAGUGGUUAGGGAGGAGAUCCAGAAGCCUGUCAUUGAUCUGAAGCUGGCUGGAGCUCUGACAGUGAUGGUUGGAGAGUCGGUUAGGAUGGAGGCCGGCCUGAGAGGAAAACCCCAGCCUGAAGUCAAAUGGACCAAAGACAAGGCUGUUGGAGACAACCCGAGAAUCAGCUAUGAAACUGGGUCGGACUACUCCAAAUUCCUCCUGACCAAGUCCAGACGCACCGACACCGGAAAAUACAUCAUCACUGCCACUAACUCGGCCGGCACCUUCACAGCAUACGCCAACGUUAAUGUCCUGGAUGUCCCCGGGGCUGUAAGGAACCUGAGGGUUACAGGCCUCAGCGCAGACAAGUGCAGAGUGGUUUGGGAUGCUCCAGAGGAUGAUGGAGGUUGUGAGGUGGACAGCUACAUCUUGGAGAAAUGUGAGACCAGGAGGAUGGUUUGGUCAACCUACUCAUCCUCUGUGGUCACACCGUACUGCAACGUCACUCGUCUCGUGGAGGGCAAUGAGUACAUCUUCAGAGUGAGGGCUGAGAACAAGAUGGGAGCAGGCCCUGCCAUGGAGAGCAAGCCUGUCACUGUCAAGACUCAGUUCAACAAACCUGGGCCCCCUGAGGCCCCAGAGGUCACCAAGGUGAGUAAAGAGGAGAUGACAGUGGUGUGGGCUCCUCCUGAGAACGACGGAGGAAAGUCAAUCACUGGUUACAUCCUGGAGAGGAAAGAGAAGAGGGCGGUCCGCUGGGUGCCGUGCACCAAAAGCCCCAUCUCCGAGAGGCGCAUGAAAGUCUCCAACCUGAUUCCCAACCACGAGUACCAGUUCAGGGUGAAGGCUGAGAAUGAGGUUGGUCUUGGCGAGCCCAGCAAACCGUGCAGACCCGUCGCAGCCAAAGAUCCCAUCGAGCCCCCUGGCCCCCCUGCAGGGCUGAAGGUGGCUGACAGCACUAAGACCUCUAUCUCACUGUCCUGGUCCAAACCUGUGUACGAUGGUGGUGCCCCAAUAAUUGGCUACAGCUUGGACUUGAGGCUGAAGAGCGAGGCAGACCCUGAGAAGCCCACAGAGGGCUGGACGAAAAUUGACACCCAUGGCCCAUUGGUUCUCACAGAGUUCACCAUUGGUCAGCUGGAUGAAAAGCAAGAGUAUGAGUUCAAGGUUUCGGCCAAAAACCAGGUGGGCUGGGGACGCCACGUCUACCUGAAAGAGGCCGUCUUCCCCAAGGAGGUUUUGGAGGCUCCAGAGAUCGAGCUGGAUGCCAGUCUGAGAAAGGGUCUGAGUGUCAGAGCUGGAUGUCCGAUCAGGCUGUUUGCUGUAAUCAGAGGACGACCUGCCCCCAAGGUUACCUGGAAGCGUGUCGGUGUGGACAAUGUGAUCCGUCGAGGCCACGUUGACCAGGUGGACUCCAUGUCAUUCCUGGUAAUUCCUGAAAGCACCAGAGAGGAUUCUGGGAAAUACUCACUGACUCUGUCCAACUCAGCGGGAGAGAAAGCUGUCUUUGUCCGUGUAAAAGUGCUUGACACCCCUGGUCCCGUUGGCGGCCUCGAGGCAACUGACGUCACCAAGACAUCAGCUCAACUGUCCUGGUUGCCACCAGACAAUGACGGUGGCAGUACAAUUACCAACUACAUUGUGGAGAAACGAGAGGUGGACAGGAAGACAUGGAACAAGUGCACGGAGGUCCUGAAGAAGACGAGCUUCAAGGUGACCAACAUGACACCUGGAGUUGAGUACUACUUCAGAGUCACAGCCUGCAACAAGUAUGGCAUUGGUGCUCCUCAGGACUCACCCAAGUCCUACCUGGCAGUCGAUCCCAUCAGUGAGCCUGACCCUCCAAAGAAAAUGGACGUGUUGGAGAUCACUAAGAACAGCGCCACACUUGGUUGGCUGAAGCCACUCAGAGAUGGUGGAGCCAAAUUAAACGGUUAUGUGGUGGACUACCAAGAAGAUGGCGCACCAGAAGACAAGUGGACUCCUUAUUCUGUGGUCAAAGACCUGACCAUCGUGGUGGUUGGUCUCAAGGAAGGAAAGAAGUACAAGUUCAGAGUGGCAGCCAGGAACUCAGUGGGAGUCAGUCUGGCAAGAGAGGCAGAGGGAAUGUUUGAGAUCAAGGAGCAGCUCAUGGCUCCUAAGGUAAUCUUGCCCGAUACUGUGACUGUCAGAGCUGGAUCGAAGAUGGUGAUUGAGGCUAUUGUGGCAGGUAAACCUGCUCCCGUCUGCAAGUGGAAGCAGGGCAAUGAGGCUGUGCUGACCUCUGACCGACUGUCGAUUGUCAAGACGCCUACAACCUGCACGCUUAUGAUCAAAAACGUUACAAGAAACGACAGCGGCUACUACAGCCUGUCAGUGGAGAACAGCACCGCCAAGAUCAGCCACAUCCUCAAAGUCAUCGUUAUGGACAUUCCCGGACCUCCAGAAGCUCCUCUGGAGAUUACCGAAAAGGACAUUGACUCCUGCACACUGCUGUGGAACUCGCCACAAGAGGACGGCGGCAGCAACAUCACCAACUACAUUGUAGAGAAGUGUGACGUCAGCGAGGGGGACUGGAUCCCAGUGUCCACAUCCUGCACUAAAACCAGCUUCAGAAUACCAAAGCUGACAACUGGCAAAGAGUACGGCUUCCGAGUCCGUGCUGAGAACAGGUUCGGCAUCUCCGAACCCAUUUAUUCUGAGAAGAUGAUCGCCAGACAUCCAUUUGAUCCUCCCAGUGAGCCCCGAAACCUGCAGGUCAACAAGGUCCACAAGGAAUCUGUCAUCCUGUCGUGGGAGCCUCCCAGCAGCGAUGGCGGCAGCCCCAUCACCGGAUACUGCAUUGAAAAGAAGGAGAGGAACAGCCUUCUGUGGGCGAAGGCCAACGAAUCUGUGGUCAAAGCCACCCAGUACACCUGCACCAACCUGAUCGAGGGACUGGAAUACACGUUCAGGGUGUCAGCACUGAACCUGGCUGCACAGGGCAAACCUUGCAAACAGACGGACUUCAUCACCACCAGGAGUGCAGUCGACCCACCAGGUAAACCUGAGGCCAUGGAUGUGACCAAGAGCUGUGUGUCAUUGGUUUGGACCCGACCCGGGCAUGACGGCGGCAGCAAGCUGAUUGGCUACUACAUGGAAUACACAAAACUACCAGAGGAGAAGUGGAUUCGCUGCAAUGCAAACUGCAUCAACAUCCAGACGGAGAACUACGUGGUGACUGGCCUGGAGGAGGGUCAACAAUACCAGUUUAGAGUCAUUGCCAAGACGGCCAUUAACAUCAGCCUGCCAUCAGAGCUGUCUGACCCCAUCCCGGUCUUUGCAGAGAACGUUGCUCCUCGUGUGGAACUGGGUGUCAACAUGAAGAACUUGAUUGUGGUGAAGGCCGGAGAGAACGUCUCCCUGGAUGCUGAGGUAUUCGGCAAACCGCUGCCCAACGUGAGCUGGAAGAGAAAUGGACUUCCACUGGUCCCCACUGAGGGACUGAAGAUGAGCCAGAAGAAACACGUUCACCUGCUGGAGCUCUACGCUGUGACCAGGAAGGAGUCUGGAGACUACACUAUCACCGCACAGAACAUCAACGGCUCCAAGUAUGCCACCGUUAAGGUCAAGGUGCUUGAUAAACCAGGCCCUCCAGCUUCUGUGAAAGCUACCAAAGUGUUUGCUGACCGUGUUAAGAUUCGAUGGGAGCCCCCAGUUGCAGAUGGUGGCUCUGAAAUCACUAACUACAUCAUUGAGAAACGUGAGACCAGCCGGGCCAAUUGGGCACAGGUCACCUCCAAUAUCCACGGACACAUCACCGACUGCUCAGUAGAGAAACUCAUUGAAGGGCAUGAGUACCAGUUCAGAGUCAGUGCUGAGAACCAGUACGGUGUUGGAGACCCCAUCAUGACUGACGGUGUCAUGGUCAAGAAUCCAUACGAUGUCCCUGGUCCCUGCGAGCCACCAGUCAUCACUAACAUUACCAAAAACUCAAUGACAGUCAGCUGGAAGGCUCCAGCUAACGACGGCAAGGCUCCCAUUCUGGGCUACAUGAUGGAGAAGCGUGAGGCCACAGAACUGACCUGGGCUAAGGUCAACCGCCGGCCCGUCAUCGACAGGACCAUCAAGGCUGCUCAGCUGACGGAGGGCUCAGAGUACGAGUUCAGAGUCAUCGCCAUCAACAAGGCCGGUCUGGGCAAACCCAGUGAUGCCUCCAAUGCUGCACUGGCUGUCGAUCCCGUCUAUCCUCCCGGUCCACCUGCUUUCCCCAAGGUGGUCGAUUCCACCAAGAGCUCCAUCAGCCUCAGCUGGACCAAGCCCGCAUACGAUGGUGGCUGUGAGAUCAUUGGCUAUCUGGUGGAGUGCAAGCGAGCGGAGGCUGAGGACUGGACCAAGUGCAAUGUCCCCAAAAAGCUCCAGGCCACUAAAUUCGUAGUGACAGGCCUGAUGGACAACAUCGAGUACCAGUUCAGAGUCACCGCUGUCAACAAGAUCGGCUACAGUGAGCCCAGCGAGGUCCCUGAGAACCACACGCCCAAAGACAUCCUCAUUGCUCCUGAAGCUGAGCUGGAUGCUGAUCUGAGAAAGGUGUUGGUUCUUCGAGCUGGUGUCACCAUGAGGCUCUACGUCCCACUUAGAGGGCGUCCUGCUCCUAAGGUGACAUGGACUAAAGUUGACGCCAACCUGAAGGACAGGCAGGGCCUGUUGAUCAAGACAUCAGAGUGGGACACCUUCCUGAUGAUCGAAGACGUUAACAGAUACGAUGCCGGCAAAUAUGUCCUGACACUUGAGAACAGCAGCGGCUCUAAGAGCUACACCAUCGUGGUCAAAGUCCGGGACUCUCCCGGACCACCUGUGAACCUGAUCGUGAAGGAGACCUCCAGAAACCAUGCCUUUAUCACCUGGGAGGUCCCAGUGAUUGAUGGCGGUAGCCCGGUGAAGAGCUACAUUGUGGAGAAGCGUCUGGCCGAGAGGAAGGCCUGGACCUGUGUGAACGCAGAGUGUCACAAGCUCUCCUUCAGAAUCCCAAAUCUGGAGGGCGGACAGGCUUACUGCUUCAGAGUGCUGGCAGAAAACUCAUAUGGCAUUGGAGAGGGCUGUGAGACCGCUGGCAGCGUGCGAGCUUCAGAACAACCUGGUCCGGUGACAGAUCUCACAGCUCAGAAGACCACCAAGGACUCGAUCACCUUGGGCUGGAAGAAGCCUCUCAGCGAUGGUGGAAGCUUCAUCACCGCUUACAUUGUAGAACAGAGCGAAGGCGAGGAGAAGUGGAAGGAGAUCAUGAAGGGCAAGAGCAGCUCACACACUAUAAGCGAGCUGACCACGGGAAAGGAGUACUUGUUUAAAGUCAAAGCACUCAAUGAGUCCGGGGAGGGACCUCCCACCGAGCUCACCGCUGUUGCCAAGGACCAGUUUGUGCUACCUGAAUGCAACCUGAGCAGUCUCCUCGAUGGCUGCUGUGUGGUGAAGGAGGGCAGCACCACGCGUAUUAACAUCCCUAUAACAGGAGUGCCCUACCCCACUGCUACCUGGAAGAAGGGUGAUACAGGACUCGGAGACACUGGCCGGAUGUGCGUGGAGGCAUCUCAGGGCUUCACCACUCUGCUGAUCAGAGACUGCCACAGAGGAGAUGCUGACACCUACACCAUCAAUGUCAGGAACAAUGCUGGGUCCAAGGAGUGCAAAUUCCAGCUGAAGGUGGUCGGCAAGCCUGGCAUUUGCAGCGGACCAAUUAAGUUUGACGAGAUCACUGCUGAUGGUAUCACUCUGGAGUGGGCACCACCCACAGAUGAUGGCGGUGCAGAAGUAUCUAACUACAUUGUGGAGAAGAGAAGAACGACAGACAACAAGUGGGCCACCGUGGCUUCAGCCCUCCAGAAGACCACCAUGAGGGUGAUCAGGCUCCAUGAUGGAGUAGAGUACUUCUUUAGAGUUUCCGCUGAGAACAAGUAUGGAGUUGGACAGUAUCUGAGGUCGGACCCAGUAAUUGCACAGCAUCCAUUCGAUGUGCCCGAUGCACCUGCUCCCCCAGAAAUCAUGAGUAUCCGCCAUGAGUCAGCCAUCUUGACAUGGGCUGAUCCCAAGGACACCGGUGGCUCCCCAAUCACCGGAUAUCAUGUGGAGUUUAAGGACAGGAACAGUCUGAUGUGGAAACGGGCCACAAAGACUCCCCUCAGAAUAAAGGAGUGCAGAGUCACUGGGCUGAUAGAGGGGCUAGAGUACGAGUUCAGAGUGAUGGCAAUGAACGUGGCCGGCUUGGGAAAGACCAGCAGGGCCACUGAGGCUGUGGUCGCCCUGGAUCCUAUUGAUCCUCCUGGCAAGCCUGAAGUGAUUAACGUCACCAGGACCACGGUCACUUUGAUUUGGACUGCUCCCAAGUAUGACGGUGGCUACAAGCUGACUGGCUACAUGGUGGAGAAGCUGGAAUCUGGGGGCAAAGCCUGGGCAAAGGCCAAUCAUGUCAACAUCCAGGGCUGUGCCUUCACCGUCAGCGACCUGUCUGAGGGAUCUCAGUAUCAAUUCAGGGUCAGGGCCAGGAACGGUGCUGGUGCAAUCAGUGUUCCUUCAGAGUCUACUGAUCUUCUGACCUGCAAGGAUGAGUAUGAGCCACCAACAAUUACUAUUGACCCUGACAUGAAAGAUGGAGUGUCAGUCAGAGCUGGAGAUACCAUUGUGAUCUCAGCCUCCAGUAUUGUCGGCAAACCUCCACCCACUUCUGUCUGGUCCAAGGGAGGCCGUGAGUUCAAGACCUCUGACAUCGUCACCAUUGCCAGCACCCCCACUUCCUCUACUCUAUCCAUUAAGUACGCAAGCCGGAAGAACACAGGAGAAUACACCAUCACCGCCAGCAACCCCUUCGGCAUUAAGGAGGAGCAUGUAAAGGUGAAGGUCCUGGAUGUGCCUGGACCUCCAGGCCCCAUUGAAGCUAGUAACAUUUCAGCUGAGAAGUGCACUCUGACCUGGCUUCCUCCAGAGGAGGAUGGAGGCUGCUCUAUCAAGUCCUACAUUGUGGAGAAGAGAGAGACCAGCCGCCUGCAGUGGACCAAGCUUGCUGAAAAUGUCAUGGACUGCAGAUGUGUGGCCCACAAACUUAUUAAGGGCAAUGAGUACAUCUUCAGAGUGUCUGCUAUAAACCAGUAUGGCACUGGAGACUCGAGCAACUCUGGUCCAGUCAAAAUGGUUGACAGUUUCCGCCCACCAGGUCCACCCUCAACCCCAGAGAUUGACAACGUGACUCGGACUGCUGUCACCAUUUCAUGGAAGAGACCAGCACAGGAUGGUGGAAGUGAGAUCAGAGGAUAUUGUGUGGAGAGGAAAGAGAGGAGAGGAAUGAGAUGGGUGAGAGCCUGUAAGCGGACGGUCCCUGACCUGCGCUUUAAGGUGCAAGGCCUGAGCGAGGGAGUAGAUUACGAGUUCAGAGUCACUGCUGAGAACAAGGCUGGGUUUGGGGAGCCAAGUGAGCCAUCGUGCCCUGUGACGACCAAGGACAUCGUGUAUCCACCUGGCCCACCGUCCAGUCCCAGAAUUACAGAUACCACAAAAACGACAGUCACCUUUGCCUGGGGCCGACCCCACUACGACGGUGGUCUGGAAGUAGACGGAUACAUCGUUGAGUACAAAAAGGAGGGCCUGGAUGAUUGGGAGACAGAGACACAGUUCCCAUUGAAAGCUACUGAAACUGUUAUUGGUAAACUUCAAAAAGGUGGUAAAUACCACUUUAGAGUCAGCGCUGUUAACUCUGAGGGAGUUGGCGAGCCUGCAGAGGUUGAGAAAGUGACCGAACUUGUGGACCAGGAGUCACUGCCAGACUUUGAGCUGGAUGCUGAUCUCAGGAGAACCCUAGUGGUCAGGUGUCGUGCUUCCAUCCGUCUGUUUGUUCCCAUCAGGGGCCGUCCCGUUCCUGAAGUAACUUGGAGCAAAGACGACACCAACCUGAAAACACGUGCACACAUUGACACCACAGAGUCCUACACCCUACUGGUUAUUCCUGACUGUACCAGAUAUGACGCUGGAAAGUACCACCUAUGUCUGGAGAAUGUUGCUGGAAAGAAGACAGGCUUUGUUAAUGUGAAAGUUCUUGACACACCAGGACCACCAGUCAACCUCAAAGAGAGAGAGAUCACUAAAAACAGCAUCCAUCUCCAGUGGGAAAUUCCCAUUAUUGAUGGUGGCUCUAAGAUUCAUAACUAUAUUAUUGAAAAGAGAGAGGCCACCAAAAAGGCAUACACAGUGCUUAGCACCACAUGGCAGAAGUGUUCCUUCAAAUUUACAGCCCUUGAGGAGGGAGCUUACUACUACUUCCGUAUAUCUGCUGAGAAUGACCUGGGUGUGGGUCAGCCUGCAGAAACCGCUGAGCCAAUCAGGGUGUCUCAAGCCCCCUCUGCACCAGAGAACUUGUACGUCACAGAUGUAACCGCUGACAGUGCCAGUCUAGCAUGGAUCAAGCCCCUGCAUGACGGUGGCAGCUUGAUCACUGGAUAUGUCAUUGAGGCCCAGAAGAAGGACACCGACCAGUGGGUCCAUGUGGCCGCCAUCAAAGCUCUCGACUACACUGUCACGGAUCUGAUUGAAGGGGCGGAGUAUAUCUUCCGUAUCAUGGCUGUCAAUGCAUCAGGUAGGAGCGACCCCCGUGAGAGCAGGCCUGCGCUUAUCAAAGAGCAGACUUCAGCUCCCUCCUUUGACCUGCGGGGAGUCUACCAGAGGACGGUGAUUGCCAAGGCAAGGGACCGUGUCAAGAUAGAGAUUCCAGUGCUUGGCAAACCCAAGCCUGAUGUUUCUUGGAAGAAAGAAGGUGUAGUGCUCAAGGAAACACAAAGAAUCAACACUGAAACAACAUUAACAUCAACUAUCCUCAACAUCAAUGAGAUCAAGAGGACUGAUGGGGGCCAGUAUUCUAUGGUUGGAAAGAACAUGCUGGGAACAGUUACAGAGACAAUCACAGUCCUAGUCCACGACAUUCCAGGUCCUCCCACUGGUCCCAUUAAGCUGGAUGAAAUCUCUUGUGAUUACGUUCUUAUGUCCUGGGAGGCACCAGAGAGCGAUGGAGGCGUUCCGAUUAGCAACUAUAUUGUUGAGAUGCGGGACACUACCGGUACUUCAUGGAUGGAGUUAGCAGCUACAGUGAUUCGCACCACAUUCAAGGCAGCUAGACUCAACACUGGAACCCAAUAUCAGUUCCGUGUCAAAGCCCAGAACAGAUAUGGCAUCGGACCAUGCAUUGUCUCUGAACAAGUGGUGGCUGCCUAUCCGUUUGAUGUUCCAAGCCAGCCAGGUUUUCCUGUGGUAACUUCUUUCAACAAGGAUGCAAUGACUUUGAGUUGGAAUGAGCCAUCUUCUGAUGGAGGCAGUGCUAUUAUGGGAUAUCAUGUGGACAGAAAAGAGAGAAACAGCAUUCUGUGGCAGAGGAUCAGCAAAGCUCUUGUUGUUGGAAAUAUCUUCAAAUCAACAGGCCUUGUUGAUGGUAUCGCAUAUGAACACCGUGUUACUGCUGAAAACAUGGCUGGUCUCAGCAAACCGAGCAAAUCCUCUGAGCCCAUGUAUGCUUUGGACCCAGUAGACCGACCAGGCAGGCCUGUGGCACUGAAUAUCACCAGACAUGAGGUGACAGUGUCAUGGACCAAACCAGAGGGAGAUGGUGGAUUUUCCAUCACAGGAUACACAGUGGAGAGGAGAGAGAUGCCCAAUGGACGUUGGCUCAAAGCCAACUUCAACAACAUCCAAGAAACCAUCUACACAGUCAGUGGUCUGACUGAAGAUGCAACUUAUGAAUUCCGUGUGUUUGCUAGAAACUCAGCUGGUUCUGUCAGCGCUCCAUCCCAGCCAUCAGAGGCAAUCACAUGCAGAGAUGACAUUGAAGAGCCCAGGCUGGAUGUUGACGCAUCAUAUAGCAGCAAUGUUGUUGUCAUGGCAGGAGAGGUAUUCAAGCUGGAAGCCAGUGUUAUUGGUAGGCCACUCCCAUCUCUGGUAUGGACCAAGGAAGGAAAGGAGCUUGAGGAUACAGGCAAGCAUGAGAUAAAGACAUCUGACUUCCACACAGCUCUAAUAAACAAAGAAUCCCUGAGGAGAGAUGGUGGGGCUUACACUCUGACUGCCAGCAAUCCAGGUGGAUUUGCCAAGUUCACAUUUAAUGUCAAGGUGCUCGACAGACCUGGACCACCAGACUCCCUCACUGUAACUGAUGUCACUGCUGAAAAAUGUGUCCUUAACUGGCUGCAUCCAACACACGAUGGUGGUGCAAAGAUCGAGUACUUUAUCAUUCAGAGGCGUGAGACCAGUAGGUUGGCAUGGACAAAUGUGGCUACAGACCUUCAAGCAAAUAGAUUCAAGGUCACCAAACUUCUGAAGGGCAAUGAGUACAUCUUCAGAGUCAUGGCUGUUAAUAAGUACGGUGUGGGUGAACACCUGGAGUCUGAAGCUGUAAUCUGUGCCAAUCCUUAUGUAGCCAGUGAUGCACCACAGCAGCCUGAAGUCACCAUCAUUAGCAAAGACUCAAUGGUGGUCUGCUGGGAGCGCCCUGAACAUGAUGGCGGCAGCAGAAUAAACACUUACAUAAUUGAGAGAAGGGAUAAGACUGGCCUGCGCUGGGUGAAGUGUAACAAGAGGACUGUCACUGACUUGCGAUUCAAGGUUUCUGGCCUCACACCAGGACAUGAGUAUGAAUUUAGAGUUUUUGCAGAGAACAAUGCUGGUCUGAGCCAGCCCAGUCCUUCCAGUCCAUUGUACAAAGCCAUAGACACCAUCUUCCAGCCUGGACCUCCAGGGAACCCCAGAGUACUGGACACAACCAAGUCUUCCAUAACCCUUGCCUGGAACAAACCGGUCUACGAUGGUGGUUCUGAAAUCACUGGUUACAUUGUGGAGACCUGCCCUCCUGAUGAGGAUGAGUGGACAAUUCACACUCCUAAAAGGGGAUGGACAGCCACUUCAUUCACCAUCACCAACUUGGAGGAAAACCAAGAGUAUAAAAUCAACAUCUGUGCCACUAAUUGUGAAGGAGUCGGAGAACCUGCUGCUGUUCCUGGAACCCCCAAGGCAGAGGACAGACUGCUUCCUCCAGAAAUUGAACUUGGAGCAGAGCUACGUAAGGUGGUCAGCAUCCGAGCCUGCGGCACGCUUAGACUAUUUGUCCCUAUAAAGGGCAGACCAGCACCUGAAAUAAAAUGGUCAAGAGAGCACGGGGAAUCCCUAGACAAAGCUAUCAUUGAAACCACGCCAUCAUUCACAACUCUUCAGGUAGAAACUGUUGACAGAUUUGAUGGAGGCAAAUACAUUUUGACUGUAGAGAAUGCCUCAGGAAGCAAGACAGCCUAUGUUAAUGUCAGGGUGCUAGAUACUCCCGGAGCACCUCAGAAUCUAUUUGUCAAGGAGGUCACUCGAGAUUCAGUUUUCCUUGUUUGGGAUGCACCUCUCAUUGACGGGGGCUCCAGAGUCCGCAACUACAUUGUAGAGAAGCGUGAGUCAACCAGAAAGGCCUACUCCACUGUCUGUGCAAGCUGCCAUAAGUCAAGUUGGAAAAUUGGAGACCUGCACGAAGGGAAGAUGUACUCCUUUAGAAUCCUGGCUGAGAAUGAAUUUGGCAUUGGUCUCCCAGUGGAGACCGUUGAACCGAUUAAAGUGUCAGAGAAGCCUCUACCACCAGGUAAAGUGUCCCUUCGUGAAGUUACAGGCACCAGUGUCACACUGACAUGGGAAAAGCCUGAUCAUGAUGGUGGCAGUAGAAUCACUGGCUAUAUUGUUGAGAUGCAAGGCAAAGGCACUGAGAAGUGGACCCAGGUUAUGGUAGUGAAGACCAAUGCCGCCGUUGUAAGUGGUCUUACACAGGGAGAGGAGUACAUGUUCCGUAUUUCAUCAUCCAAUGAAAAGGGAGUUAGUGACCCACGUCCUCUCAGUAUGCCUGUGGUGGCAAAAGAUCUUGUCAUUUCACCAACCUUCAAACAGCUUUUUGGCACAUUCAGUGUGCUAGCAGGUGAUGACCUGAAGAUAGAUGUACCAUAUGCUGCCUGUCCUAAGGCCACUGCAACCUGGCUCAAAGAUGGCGUUGUUCUCAAGGAGACAACAAGAGUUAAUGCUGAAACCACGGACACUAACCUUCUCCUUGUCAUUAAGGAGGCUUGCAGAGAUGAUGUGGGAACAUACACCAUCAAACUAAUCAACACAGCUGGUGAGGCAUCCACAGACAUCAGUGUUCUUGUCCUGGAUAAGCCUGGUCCUCCCACUGGCCCAAUUAAGCUGGAUGAGGUCACUGCUGACAGUCUGGUAUUGAACUGGAAUCCACCAGAAUAUGAUGGUGGUUGUGCCAUUAAUAAUUACAUUGUUGAGAAGAGGGACACAUCUACCACUAACUGGCAAAUUGUGUCAGCUACAGUGGCCAGAACCACAAUCAAGGCUGCCCGUCUGAAGACUGGAUUCCAGUACCAGUUUAGGAUUGCUGCAGAAAAUAGAUAUGGCAAGUCAUCGGCCCUUCUGUCUGAAACUAUUGUUGCUCAGUAUCCAUUUGAAGUUCCUAGCACGCCUCGUUCUGUUGUGGUCCAAUCAGCGACCAAGGAAACCAUGGUUGUUGUAUGGGAUAUACCCAGCAAUGAUGGCGGGAGCAAGAUUCUGGGCUAUCACCUAGAGCUCAAAGAGAGAAACAGUAUACUGUGGGUGAAACAGAACAAACAAAUAAUCCCAGAAACUAGAUUCAAGGUUGUUGGCCUUGAAGAAGGUAUUGAAUAUGAGUUCAGAGUCUAUGCAGAGAACAUUGUCGGCCACAGCAAAGCUAGCAAACUGAGCGAAAUGCAAGUGGCAAGAGAUCCUUGUGAAAGACCAGGAAAACCAGAGGCUGUUAUUGUGACAAGACACCAAGUGACUCUCAGAUGGACCAAGCCUGAUUAUGACGGUGGCAUUAAGAUCACAGGUUAUCUGGUUGAGAAGAAGGAGGAAGCUGGUCGCUGGAUGAAGGCCAGUUUCACCAACAUCAUUCAGACUGAAUUUGUUGUUACAGGACUUAUUGAAGAUCAGAUUUAUGAAUUCCGUGUCAUUGCCAGGAAUGCAGCAGGUGUUCUCAGUCUGCCCUCUGAUUCGACUGGAGCCAUCACAGCCAAGGAUGAGGUGGAUCCACCCCAGAUUGACUUGGAUGCUAAGUACUCCCAGGCUGUUGUUGUAAAUGCUGGGGAGACAUUCAGGCUUGAGGUCACUGUCAGUGGUAAACCUGUUCCCACAAUACACUGGCUAAAGGAGGGUAAGGAGAUUACUGACGCUGCCCGUCUGGAGCUCAAGAACACAGACUUUACAGCUUGUAUAGUUGUUAAAGAAGCCGUCCGGGUUGAUGGGGGUCAGUACACUUUGCUGGUAAAGAAUGUUGGAGGAGAGAAAUCUGUUAACAUUAAUGUCAAGGUCCUGGACAGACCAGGUCCUCCUGAGGGCCCUGUCUCCAUCUAUGGUGUAACCAAUGAGAAAUGCUCCAUUUCCUGGAAACCUCCUUUGCAAGACGGCGGCAGCGAUGUUUCACAUUACAUCGUUGAGAGGAGGGAAACCAGCAGACUGGUUUGGACUGUUGUUGAGCCUAAAGUUCAGACACUGAACCUAAAGAUCACAAAGCUUCUUCCUGGAAAUGAGUACAUUUUCAGAGUGAUUCCAGUCAACAAAUAUGGAGUCGGUGAGCCUCUGGAAUCUGAUGCAAUGAUUGCCAGAAAUCCAUUUGUUACCUCCGACCCACCAACAGAGGUAGAUGUCCCAACAAUCACCAAAGACUCCAUGGUGGUGACUUGGGAGAGACCAGCUCAUGAUGGUGGCAGUCCUAUCCAGGGAUACAUUGUUGAGAAACGGGACAAGGAUGGUGUGAGAUGGACUAGGUGCAACAAGCGCACAGUAAGUGAGCUGCGCUUCAGAGUCACAGGGCUCCUAGAAAACCACAGCUAUGAAUUCAGAAUUGCCACUGAGAAUGCCGCUGGUGUUGGCACACCUAGUACACCAACAGUGUACUAUAAAGCAUUGGAUCCUAUCUUCAAACCUGGUCCACCCAACAACCCUAAGGUGGUUGACACAUCAAGGUCCACUGUUUCCUUGACAUGGGGCAAACCAAUCUAUGAUGGUGGAUGUGAGAUUCAAGCUUAUAUUGUGGAGGCCUGCAAUGGGGCAUCUGAUGAGUGGUAUAUGUGCACUCCUCCCAAUGGAAUCGCAGAUACUGCUUUUACAGUGAAAAAGCUUCUUGAGAAGCAUGAGUACCAGUUCCGAGUGUGUGCCAUCAACAAAGUUGGUGUUGGUGAGCAUGCUGAUGUUACUGGAAAAAUUCUCCUUGAGGAGAAGCUUGAGGCUCCCGAUCUUGACCUGGAUUCUGAUAUGAGAAAGAUGAUCAACAUUAGGGCGGCAAGCACUCUCAGGCUGUUUGUCCCUGUGAGAGGUCGUCCAGCUCCUGAGGUGAAAUGGGGUAAAGCUGAGGGGGAGAUCAGGGAGACUGCCCAGAUUGACAACACAGGCAACUACGCUUCUCUUGUCAUUGAGAAUGUUGACAGAUUUGACAGUGGCAAGUACACCCUAACUGCAGAGAAUGCCAGUGGAGUGAAGUCAGUCUUCAUUAGUGUCAGGAUCCUGGACUCACCUAGUCCACCAAUUAAUUUCACAGUGAAGGAAAUAACAAAAAAUUCUGUCACUCUUACAUGGGAGCCUCCACUUCUGGAUGGUGGCUCAAAGAUAAAAAAUUAUAUUCUUGAGAAACGGGAGAGCACCAGGAAAGUUUACUCACCCAUCACUACCUGCAAUAGGAUGUCAUGGAAAGUGGAGCCUCUUCCAGAGGGUGGAAUCUUCUUCUUCAGAGUCCUGGCUGAGAAUGAAUAUGGUUAUGGUCUCCCAGCCAAAACAAUAGAACCAAUUAAAAUAUCUGAGAAGCCUCAGCCACCUGGCAAAGUCAGUGUUGUUGAUGUGACACAGAGCACUGUGACCCUCGCCUGGGAGAAACCUCAACAUGAUGGCGGCAGUAGAAUCAGUCACUAUGAAGUUGAACUCGCACCUAAGGACAGUGGUGCUUGGUCAGUGUGUACUAGUGUGAAAGCUCUGGAGACGGUAGUGACAAACCUACUCAAGGGAGAGGAGUAUAAUUUCCGAGUUCUAGCUGUAAAUGACAAGGGGAAAAGCGACCCCAGACAACUAGGCCAAUCGGUUGUUGCAAAGGACCUUGUGAUUGAUCCUGCUGUUAGACCAAGGGUGAGCACCUACAGUGUCCAGGUAGGGUAUGACCUCAAGAUAGAGGUCCCAGUUGCUGGUCAUCCAAAGCCAACGAUUACCUGGACCAAGGAUGGUUCUGCUCUUAAGCAGACCACAAGAGUCAAUGUAACAGACUCAGCACAUCACACCACCCUCACUGUAAAGGAUGCCACCAAAGAGGAUGGGGGCAUGUAUAGCAUCAAUGUCUCAAGUCCCCUGGGUUCCAAAGAUGCCACUAUUGAGGUGAUCACGCUGGACAAACCAGGCCCACCAACCGGACCUGUCAAGUUGGAGGACAUAAGUGCAGAGAGUAUCACUCUUAGCUGGGAACCUCCUACAUACACAGGUGGAUGCCCAAUCUCAAACUAUGUGGUGGAGAAGAGAGACACAACUACAACCAACUGGGUGGUAGUAUCUGCCACUGUUGCCAGAACCACACUAAAAGUGAGCAAUCUGAAGACAGGUGCUGAAUAUCAGUUCAGAAUCUAUGCUGAGAAUAGAUAUGGAAAGAGCUAUGCGAUUGAUUCAGAGCCUGUUUUGGCACAGUAUCCAUUCCAAGAGCCUGGCCCUCCAGGCACACCAUUUGUGUCUUCAUACACCAAGGACUUUAUGAUAGUUGAGUGGCACACGCCCCCAUCUGAUGGAGGAAGUGCCAUUUUGGGCUAUCAUCUGGAGAGGAAAGAGAAGAACAGUAUCCUCUGGACCAAGAUUAACAAAAUGCUGAUCCAAGACUGCAGAUAUAAGUCUACUCCACUUGAGGAAGGUAUUGAGUAUGAGUAUAGAGUGUAUGCAGAGAAUAUUGUUGGCAUUGGAAAAUGCAGCAAAGUCUCUGAGGUUUACGUAGCCCGUGACCCAUGUGAUCCCCCUGGCUGCCCUGAGGCUGUGAUCGUGACCAGGCACUCUGUGAAGCUUAGGUGGACCGCUCCAGUGUAUAAUGGGGGAAGCUUAGUUACAGGCUAUGUAGUGGAGAAACGUGACCUUCCUGAAGGAAAGUGGAUGAAGGCUAGCUUUGCAAACAUUCUUGAUUAUGAAUUCACAGUUACAGGCCUGACAGAGGAGAGUAAAUAUGACUUCAGAGUAAUCGCAAGGAAUGCAGCAGGUGCUGUUAGCAAGCCAUCUGAGUGCACAGGAUCCAUCACAGCCAAGGAUGAAGUUGACCCACCAAAAUGUGAGACAGACCCAAUAUAUAACCAGUGCCUUGUUAUCAGUGCUGGGGAGACUUUCAAUCUGGAGGCCACUGUGGGAGGGAAGCCCAUCCCUACAGCCCAGUGGUUCAAGGGGAAUGUCGAAGUGGAAAACUCAGCAAGGGCCGAGAUCAAAAACACAGAUUUCAAGGCUUUGCUUGUUGUGAAAGAUGCCAUCAGAGUGGAUGGUGGCCAGUACACUCUGGUUCUGACUAAUGUGGCUGGAACGAAGACUGUCCCAUUCAGUGUUAAGGUACUGGACAGACCAGGCCCCUCAGAAGGACCUCUUACUGUCAGCAAUGUCACUGAGGAGAAGUGCUCACUGUCAUGGCUGCCACCAAGGCACGAUGGAGGAGCGAGCAUAUCUCACUAUGUCAUUCAAAAGAGAGAAACCAGCCGCCUUGCAUGGACUGUGGUCUCCAGUGACUGUGGAGCUACCAUGUUCAAGGUUACGAAACUGUUGAAGGGCAAUGAAUACAUCUUCAGAGUCAUGGCUGUCAACAAAUAUGGCAUGGGUGAGUCUCUUGAGUCAACACCAGUUAUCAUGAGAAAUCCAUUUGUUCCUCCUGGUGCACCUCAGGAACUUGAGAUCACUAACAUUACAAGGGACUCCAUGACUGUCUGCUGGAACCGCCCCGAGACCACCGGAGGCAGUGAGAUUGUUGGUUAUAUAAUUGAGAAGAGAGACAGAGCUGGAGUGAGAUGGACCAAGUGCAACAAACGCCGGGUGACAGACUUGCGUUUCAGAGUAACAGGAUUAACUGAGGAACAUGAAUAUGAAUUCAAGGUCACUGCUGAGAAUGCAGCUGGAAUGGGACAGUCAAGUCCACCUACACCCUACCUCAAAGCCUGUGACCCCACCUUUGAACCAGGCUGUCCAUCCAAUGCUCAUGUGCUCGACAUAACUAAAGACUCUAUCAGCCUGGCCUGGCAUAGGCCCAUCUAUGAUGGUGGAUGUGAGAUUCAAGGAUAUGCUGUGGAAAUUACCAAAGCCGAGGAGGAGGAGUGGACCAUGUGCACCCCGCCGUCUGGAGUUAAAGCUACCAAGUUUACUAUCACUAAGUUGGUAGAGCACCAGGAAUAUAAGGUGCGCAUCUGUGCCAUCAAUAAGCUGGGUGUUGGUGAGCCCACCGAGAUCCAGGGAGUUAUAAAACCUUUGGAUAAGAUUGAUCCUCCAGAGAUGAUUCUGGAUUCAGAACUCAGGAAGGGAAUAGUUGUCAGGGCAGGUGGCUCAUUGAGAAUUUGCAUUCCAUUUAAGGGACGUCCUACUCCUGAGAUCAGCUGGGCUAAAGAGGAUGGUCAACUACCCAGUAAAGUUCAGAUAGAGACUGGGGAAGAUUACACUCAGCUCUCCAUUGACAUCUGUGACAGAUAUGAUGCUGGAAAAUACAUCCUCAACAUGGAAAAUACUGCUGGCACCAAAUCAGCCUUUGUAUCUGUUAAGGUCCUGGACACUCCAGGGGCCCCUCUGAAUUUAACUGUAAAAGACAUCAAGAGAGAAAGUAUUACUCUGACAUGGGAGCCUCCUCUUAUUGAUGGUGGUUCAAGAAUAACAAAUUACCUGGUUGAAAAGCGAGAGUCCAACAGGAUUGUUUAUUCCAAUGUGGACAACAAGUGUACAAAGACAAGCUACCGUAUCACCGGCCUCACUGAAGGAACGAUCUACUAUUUCAGAGUCUUAGCUGAGAACGAGUUUGGCAUGGGACAGCCAGCUGAGACAGAGGAUGCAGCUAAAACAUCUGAGCCUCCUCUCCCUGUAGGUAAGGUCACUUUGACUGAAGUGACCAAAACUUCUGCCUCACUCUCUUGGGAGAAGCCAGAUCACGAUGGCGGCAGCAGGAUAAUGGGCUUCUAUAUUGAAAUGCAGACUGUGGGCUCAGAGGAAUGGGUGGUGGCCGCUACAACUAAAGCUUGUGAGGGCACUGUCACAGGCCUUAGUGCAGGACACGAGUACCUGUUGAGAGUGACAGCAUUCAAUGAGAAGGGCAAGAGUGACCCCAGGCCUCUAGCUGCACCAGUCACUGCUAAGGAUGUAACAUUCGAGCCCGGAUUCAAGAUGGCAUCGAACACUUACAGUUUACAGCAGGGUGAGGAUCUGAAGAUCGAGAUCCCUGUAAUAGGAAGACCUGUUCCCAAGGUUGAGUGGAAAAAGGACGGACAAGCUCUUAAGGAGACAACCAGAUUAAAUGUGUCUGGCACACCAUCAUCUACCAAGCUGUGCAUUAAGGAUGCAAAUAGGGAAGACUCUGGCAAAUACACUAUCACAGCCACCAGCAGUGCUGGAUCAACUACAGAGGAGAUUACUGUUAUUAUCCUUGAUAAGCCUGGCCCACCCACAGGCCCUGUGAAGAUUGAGGAGGUGAGCUCUAAUUAUGUCGUUCUCUCCUGGGAGCCACCAGCAUAUACUGGAGGCUGUCAGAUCAACAACUACAUUGUGGAGAAGAGAGACACAACUACAACAGCAUGGCAAAUUGUGUCUGCUACUAUUGCCAGAACAACUAUCAAAGUCACCAACUUAAAGACUGGAGUUGAGUAUCAAUUCAGAGUGUCUGCUGAGAAUAGAUAUGGAAAGAGUUCUGCCAUUUUCACUCCUGCCGUUAUUGCUCAGUAUCCAUUCAGUGAGCCUGCCGCCCCAGGAACCCCAGGUGUUUCUGCCGCAACCAAGGAUAACAUGGUGGUUGAGUGGAAGCCUCCCACCAACGACGGAGGCAGUCCCAUCUUGGGCUAUCACCUUGAAAGAAAGGAGAAGAACAGCCUCUUGUGGACUAAACUCAACAAGCUUCUAAUCCCAGACACACGUUUCAAAACUACAGAGCUGGAAGAAGGUAUUGAGUAUGAAUUCAAAGUCUAUGCUGAGAACAUUGCAGGAAUCAGCCCAGCUAGCAAGGUCUCUGAGAGCACAGUGGCCAGGGACCCCUGUGACCCACCAGGCACUCCAGAUGCUAUUGAUAUCACUAGAAACCAUGUGACACUCCAGUGGACCAGGCCUCAGUAUGAUGGAGGCAGUGCUAUCACUGGCUAUGUGAUUGAGAGGAGGAAGCACCCUGAUACCCGCUGGAUGAAGGCCAGCUUCACCAACAUCCUUGACACCCAGUUCACACUCACUGGCCUGACUGAGGAUUGUGUUUAUGAGUUCAGAGUCAUUGCCAGGAAUUCUGCUGGCAUUUUCAGCCGUCCCUCUCAGACCACAGGAGAAAUUACUGCUAAAGAUGAAAUUGAGGCCCCAGGAGCCACCAUGGAUCCUAAAUUUAAAGAUCUGACCGUUGUUCAUGCUGCUGAAACAUUCACCAUUGAUGCUGACUACACAGGAAAGCCUCUGCCUGAGGUCAUUUGGUUAAAGGAUGGAAAGGAGAUUGACAAAGCCACUCAACGAAUGGAGGUAAAGACCACGCUGACACGUACCAUCCUGACAGUCAAGGAGUGCAUUAGAGUUGAUGGCGGCCAUUUUGUCCUCAAACUUGUCAAUGUGGGAGGAAUUAAGAUGAUCCCAGUUAAUGUUAAAAUUCUGGAUAGACCUGGUCCUCCAGAUGGCCCACUAGAAGUCAAAGGAGUCACAGCUGAGAAAUGUUAUCUUCACUGGAACCAUCCUUCACAUGAUGGCGGAGCCAGCAUCUCUCACUACAUGAUUGAGAAAAGAGAGACCAGUCGUUUGUCGUGGACCAUGGUUGAGCCCAAGAUUCAGGCCAUAAGCUACAAAAUCACAAAACUGUUGCCUGGCAAUGAGUACAUCUUCAGAGUCACUGCUGUGAAUAAAUACGGUGUUGGUGAGCCUUUGGAAUCUGAGCCUGUUGUUGCCCGUAACCCCUUCACCACUCCCAGUGCCCCCUCCACCCCCGAGGCCAGCGCUAUCACUCGGGAUUCCAUAGUACUUACCUGGGAGAGGCCAGAGGAUAACGGAGGAGCUGAAAUUGAAGGAUAUGUCCUUGAAAAACGUGAUAAGGAUGGCAUCAGAUGGACUAAAUGCAACAAGAAGAGACUGAGUGACCUGAGAUUCAGAUGUUCUGGUCUCACAGACGGUCAUUCCUAUGAAUUCAGGGUCUCAGCGGAAAAUGCUGCCGGUGUUGGAAAACCUAGUGCACCUUCAGAAUAUAUGAAGGCCUGUGAUGCCACUUAUCCACCAGGACCUCCAAAUAACCCCAAAGUCACAGACCAUUCAAGCACCACAGUCUCGCUGACCUGGUCUAGGCCUAUCUAUGAUGGUGGAGCAGAGAUCACUGGAUACGUUGUUGAAAUGAAGGAGGCAGCAGAUGUUGAAUGGGUCAGUUGCACUCCACAAACUGGUGUACAAGUUACUCACUAUACUGUAAAGAAAUUGAAGGAGAAUGCAGAGUACAAUUUCCGAGUGUGUGCUGUUAAUUGUGAGGGAGUAGGGGAGCAUGUUGACCUACCCGGCUCUGUGGUUGCUGCAGAGAAGCUGGAAGCUCCUGAAAUCGAACUAGAUGCUGACCUAAGGAAGAUGGUCAAUGUUCGUGCCACCGCUAGCCUCCGUCUCUUUGUGCCAAUCAGGGGAAAGCCUGAGCCUGAGGUCAGAUGGUCAAAGGCUGAUGGUACCCUGAAUGAACGUGCCCAGAUCGAAGUCACAAGCUCUUACACAAUGCUGGUGAUUGAUAAUGUUGACAGAUUUGACACUGGAAAAUAUCUACUCACACUUGAGAACCUCAGUGGCUCGAAAUCAGCCUUCAUCAAUGUUCGAGUUCUGGACUCCCCCAGCGCACCUACUAACCUGGAGGUCAAGGACGUAAAGAGAAAUUCUGUCUCUCUCUCCUGGGAGCCUCCUCUCAUUGAUGGCGGGGCUAAAAUUUCACAUUAUAUUGUGGAGAAGAGAGAGCAGAAGAGAAUGGCUUUCACCAGUGUUUCCAACAACUGUGUGAGGAACUCCUACAUAAUUUCUGACCUCCAGGAGGGAGGCCGAUACUAUUUCCGUAUAUUAGCUGUUAAUGAACUUGGAGUAGGUCUGCCUGCUUCCACAGAUGUAGUCAAGGUGUCUGAGGCUCCUUUGCCUCCUGGUAAGAUUAUCUUGGAAGACGUUACUCGCCAUACUGUUAAACUUUCAUGGGAGAAACCGGAUCAUGAUGGAGGCAGCAAGAUCACAAUGUAUAUUGUGGAGAUGCAGCCCAAGGGAGAUGACAAAUGGACUGUGUGCAGUGAAGUCAAAGCACUGGAAGCUACUAUUGAUGGACUUACAACUGGAGAGGAAUACUCCUUCAGGGUGACUGCUGUAAAUGAUAAGGGCAAGAGUGAUGCCAAACCUCUGGCUGCCCCUGUGGUGGUAAAGGACAUCACAGUAGAGCCCACCAUCAACCUGGUGUUCAACACAUACAGUGUUAGAGCAGGAGAUGACCUGAAGAUUGACGUUCCCUUCAAAGGAAGACCUCAGCCAGAGGUGUCCUGGAGGAAGGACCGCCAAGUGCUUAAGCAGACAACCAGGGUCAAUGUUCUUACCUCUAGGACCUCUUCCAAGAUUUUCAUCAAGGAUGCAACCAAAGAAGAUGUAGGAAAGUAUGAGAUUACUUUGACUAACUCUAUUGGUACCAAGAAAGCUGAUAUCUCUGUUAUAAUCCUGGACAAACCUGGUCCACCAAGCAACAUUAAGAUGGACGAGGUGAGUGCUGACUUCAUCUGUCUGUCUUGGGAUCCUCCAUCCUAUGACGGUGGAUGCCAGAUUAACAACUAUGUAGUGGAGAAGAGAGACACUACGACAACCACAUGGCAGAUUGUCUCAGCCACUGUAGCCAGGACAUCAAUUAAGGUUGUUCGGCUCAAUCAGGGAAUAGAGUACCAGUUCCGUAUCGCAGCUGAGAACCGUUAUGGCAAGAGUCAUGCUAUUGACUCUGCUCCUGUUGUUGCUCAGUAUCCCUUCGAGCCUCCUGGUCCGCCAACCAACCUCCAUGUUUCCAAUGCCACCAAGAGUGGCAUGCUUGUGGCAUGGGGCAGACCUGCCAGCGAUGGGGGAAGCCCUGUUAUUGGUUAUCACAUUGAAUGCAAAGACCAAAGUAGCAUUCUAUGGACAAAGGUCAACAGAGGACUGCUAGCUGAGAACCAGUUUAAGAUGACAGGCAUUGAAGAAGGUCUUCUGUAUCAGUUUAGAGUGUAUGCUGAGAAUAUUGCUGGCAUUGGUACAUGCUCUAAGGCCAGUGAUGCUGUGGCAGCCAGAGAUCCAUGUGAUCCCCCACAUAACCUUAAAGUCACCAACAUUACCAGGAGCUCAGUUUCUCUCUUCUGGGAGCGGCCAGAGUACGAAUUUGGAUCAAAGAUUACCGGCUACAUUAUUGAGCGUAAAGAACUUCCCAAUGGUCGCUGGCUGAAAUGCAACUUCAAUAAUCUGCAGGAGACCUACUUUGACGUCACAGGCCUCACAGAAGAUGUCCAAUAUGACUUCCAUGUUAUUGCUAAGAAUUCUGCAGAUCAGCUAAGUGUUCCUUCAGAGAGUAGCGGUCCAGUUACAGUAAAGGAUGAUGUAGACCCUCCCACUAUCAUCCUGGAAGAGAAGCUCAGACAGCUGGUUGUCAUUAAAGCUGGAGAAAUCAUCAGAAUUGAUGCUGAAAUCACAGGCCGUCCACUCCCUGUUGUCUCAUGGUCUAAGGAUGGAAAAGAGAUUGCGGCCAAAUUCAGGUGUGAAAUUACCUCCACAAAUUUCGCAACCACCCUGAUUGUCAGAGACGCUAUCAGGAAGGACUCUGGCCAGUAUGUCCUGUCCCUGCACAAUGUGGCAGGAACCAGGUCUGUUGCUAUCAAUUGUAAAGUUUUGGAUAGACCUGGACCAUCUUCAGGACCAUUGGCAGUGUCCGGACUCACAGCAGAAAAAUGCACUAUAACAUGGGGACCCCCUCAGGAGAACGGUGGUGCUGACAUCAUGCACUAUAUUGUGGAGAAACGUGAGACAAGUCGCCUGGCCUGGACUCUUGUCUAUGGAGACAUGAAAGCAACUACCUGUAAAGUGACCAAGUUACUAAGAGGAAAUGAGUAUGUCUUCAGAGUUAGGGGAAUCAACAAAUAUGGGGAUGGUGAAGCCCUGGAGAGUGAGCCAGUUAAGGCCUUGGAUCCAUUCACUGUUCCUUCAGCUCCCACAAAUGUCCAGGUCACUGCUGUUACUAGUGAGGCAAUGACCAUCUGUUGGGAAAGACCCAAUUCUGAUGGAGGCAGCAGUAUCUAUGGCUAUGUCAUUGAAAAGCGAGAGAAGACUGGUCUUCGCUGGUGCCGUGUGAACAAGAAACCUGUUUAUGACCUCAGAGUCAAAGCCUCAAAUCUUCGUGCUGGCUGUGAGUACGAGUACAUAGUGUUUGCAGAGAAUGCUGCUGGCCUCAGUGCUGCUAGCACGCCUUGCCCACUCACCAAGGCUGAAGACCCACAGUUCCUGCCUUCACCUCCUGCUAAGCCUAAGAUCAUUGACUCUACAAAGACCACUGCCACCCUGUCGUGGAAUAAGCCGCUAUUUGAUGGUGGAGCCCCUGUGACUGGCUACAGAGUAGAAUACAGGAAGACUUUAGAUGAUGAAUGGUUUGUUGGAGUCCAGAACACCAAGAACACAGAGUUUACUGUGGUGGGAUUGACACCUGGGGCUGAAUAUGUGUAUGUUGUCAAGUCCAUUAACAAGAUUGGGGUCAGUGAGCCCAGUCCUGAGUCAGACAAACAGGUUGCCAAAGAAAGAGAGGAGGAGCCAGUUUUUGACAUCAGUAAUGACAUGAGGAAGACUCUUAUUGUGAAGGAUGGUAGCUCAUUCACUAUGACAGUGCCCUUCAGAGGCAAACCCAUCCCCAAUGUUACAUGGGCUAAACCUGAUGUUGACCUCAGAGUCCGUGCUGUCAUCGACACCACAGACACCUUCACCUCCAUCACCUUAGAGCAGGCAACUCGCAACGACUCUGGCAAAUACAUAGUCACCUUGUCUAGCUUAGCUGGAACCUCCUCCUUGACACUCAAUGUCAGAGUUCUGGACUCUCCUGGACCCCCUGCCAGUGUAGAAGUCAAGGAUGUAACUAAGACCUCUGCUACUGUAACAUGGGACACUCCUGAAAAUGAGGGAGGAGCACCUGUCAAAAACUACCUUGUUGAUUUCCGUGAGGCCAGCAAGAAAGGCUGGACUAGAUUGACUGACACCUGUAACAGACUGACAUACAGGGUGAGCGACUUGCCAGAAGGAGCAGUUUAUUACUUCAGAGUGACAGGCCAGAACGAGUACGGUGUUGGUGUUCCUGCUGAGACCAAAGAAGGAACUAAGAUAACAGAAAAACCAAGCCCCCCACCAAAACUUGGUGUGAGCGAUGUGACCAAAGAGAGUGUGUCACUGGCCUGGGCCAAACCAGAACAAGAUGGAGGCAGCAGAAUUACUGGCUACCUAGUGGAGGCUCAAGAGAAAGGCCAGGAGAAGUGGGUCAAGUGUGGUGUAACCAAGUCUGUCUACCUCACAGUGUCUGGUCUAAGGGAGAAUGCUGAGUACUUCUUCAGGGUCAGAGCUGAGAACCAUGCUGGAUUCAGUGAUGUUAAGGAAAUGGUCAACCCUGUAAUGGUGAAAGACCAGCUUGAAUCUCCUGAGAUGAACAUGAACGACUUCCCUCACAACACAGUGUGUGUCAGAGCCGGUUCCACCCUUAAGUGUGAGAUCCCACUGACAGGCCGACCUUUGCCUAAAGUCUCACUGUCCAAGGAUAACGUACAACUCAAGUCAACAAUGAGGUUCAACUCUGAAGUCACCCCUGACAGCAUCAAGAUCAGUCUACGGGAGAGCAUCGCUGGAGACUCAGGACGCUACGAUAUCACUGCCUCAAAUUCCAGUGGAACCACCAAACAAUAUGUAAAUAUUGUGGUUCUAGACCGUCCCAGUGCCCCACUUGGACCGGUGGUUGUGUCUGACGUGACAGAAGACAGCCUUAAUCUGGAGUGGCUCCCACCGGUAUAUGAAGGUGGUAGCCCCAUCACCAACUACAUCAUCCAAAAGAGAGAGACAACCACAGCCAACUGGAUGGAUGUCUCUUCUGCUGUGGCUCGUUGCACCAUGAAGAUUAUGAAGCUGACCACUGGCCUGCAGUACCAGUUCAGAAUCAGGGCUGAGAACAGAUAUGGAAUCAGCGAGCACAUUGACUCACCAAUUGUUGCUGUCAGCCUUCCUUACACUGUUCCUGAUGCUCCACUAACUCCAGAGGUCACUUCUGUAACUAGAGAGACCAUUACUGUGGCCUGGACGGAGCCCAAGUCAGAUGGUGGCAGCCAUGUGUUUGGCUACCAUCUCCAGAUGAAAGACAAGAACAGCAUUCUCUGGCAGAGAGUCAACAAAAUGGUGAUCCGUGCUACUCACUUUAAGGUCACUAAUAUUAAUGCUGGACUUAUUUAUGAGUUCAAGGUGGCUGCAGAAAACGCUGCUGGAGUCAGUGCCUUCAGCAAGUCCUCUGACGCAGUGCUGGCUAUUGAUGCUUGUGAGCCACCCAUAAACCUGCGCAUCAGUGACAUCACCAAGAACACCAUCAGCUUGGCCUGGCAUAGACCCAACUAUGAUGGUGGAUCCCCGAUCGUUGGCUACAACAUUGAGAAGAGGGAGGGUGUCAGUGCCAAAUGGUCCAAGGCUGUCCUGAACAAUGUCACAGACACCCACUUCACUGUGCCCGGCCUGACUCAGGACGAGACAUACGAGUUCAGAGUCAUGGCCAGGAACGCCGUUGGGUCAGUCAGCAACCCGUCCAUUACUGCUGGACCAGCCACCUGUGUGGACACAUACGGUGCCCCAGAGAUUGAAAUACCUCAGGAGUACUUCAGUGAGGUCAAACACAAGGCUGGCUCUAAUGUGGAGCUCAAGUUUAAUAUCACAGCCAAACCUGCUCCCACUAUUGAGUGGCUGAAGGAUGGCAGAGAACUCGUGCCCAGCGCCCAGCUCUCCUUCAAACACACGUUUGAGUGCACCAGUGUGUUCCUAAGGGAAACCACUCGUUUGAAUUCUGGUGUCUAUGAGGUCAGGGUGAAGAACUCCUUGGGAUCUGCAUGUGCUGUUGUCAGGCUGCUCAUACAAGACAAGCCAGGUCCCCCUGCUGGAGAAAUCCAGUUUAAGAAGGUGACUGCUGACAAUAUAACCAUCAUGUGGUCCCCACCGGCUGAUGAGGGCGGUGCAAUGGUGACUCAUUACAUUGUGGAGAAAAGACAGACCAGCAGGGUCAUGUGGUCCAUAGUGUCGGAGAAGCUGGUCGACUGCAUCGUUAAUGUUCCCAGACUCAUCCGGGGCAAUGAGUACAUCUUCAGAGUUCGUGGAGUCAACAAAUUUGGCAUUGGAGACCAACUGGAGUCUGAGCCUGUCAUUGCAAAGAAUGCAUUCGUUCCUCCUAGCGAGCCAUCUAAGCCUCAAGUCACCAUGAUUACCAAGUCCACCAUGACAGUGAUCUGGGAAAGACCUGCAUUGAAUGGAGGCAGCGACAUUGACGGCUACUACCUGGAAAAGAGUGAGAAGAAGAGUCUGCAGUGGUUCAAGGUGGUGAAGGGAACCAUCAGAGACACUAGGCAGAAAGUCACCAACCUGGUGGAGAACAGCGAAUACCAGUUCAGAGUCUGUGCUGUCAACAAGGCUGGAGCAGGGAACUACUCUGAGUGUUCUGAUCUCUACACAGCCUACGACCCGAUCGAUUUGCCUGGUGAGCCAUCCAAGCUGCAUGUGGUUGACUCCACAAAGACCUCCAUCACCCUCGGCUGGGAGCCCCCAGUUUACGACGGUGGCAGUGAGGUCACUCACUACCUUUUGGAGCAGAUGAACUCUGAAGAGAAAGAAUGGGUGACCAUCAACCCACAGGUCAAUUCCUGUGAAUAUGUGGUGUCCCAUCUCAAGCCCGGAACCUACUACUUCUUCAAAGUGUCGGCUGUCAACUCUAAGGGCAAAGGAGAGGACAUCAAGAUGUACCAACCUGUGCAGGCCAAAGACAUCUUGGAGGAAGCUGAUUUGGACUUGGAUGUUCCCAUGACAACCCAGUACACAGCUAAAGCUGGCCGUGAUGUGGAAGUGUUCAUCCCCCUGAAGGGACGCCCCGCCCCCAAUGUCACAUGGCGCCGAGGCGACCGCAACAUGGCUGGUGACAACAACUACUCCAUCACCAGCACUGAGCGAGCUACCACACUCCUCCUGCCAAAGGUCAGCCGCGAUGACUGUGGGAAGUACUUGCUGGAGAUUGAGAAUGGCGUUGGAGAACCAAAGAUAAUUACAGUUUCCCUUAAAGUUCUGGAUAGUCCAGCCACCUGCCAGAAACUGUUGGUCAAGAACGUGAGCAGAGGAAAGUUGACCCUCAGCUGGGAAGCUCCUGUCAUUGAUGGUGGUUCCCCUGUCACUAAUUACAUUGUUGAGAAGAAGGCCUCCACCAUGAAGGCUUACCAGGUGAUCACCGCAGAGUGUGCCAACACAUCCUACAAGGUGUCCGGCCUGGAGGAGGAUUGUGCUUACUUCUUCCGUGUGUCUGCUGAAAACGAGUAUGGUGUGGGUGACACAUGUGAGACCACUGAGCCCGUCAGAGCCACGGAAACUCCAGGAGCUGUUAAAGAUCUGAUGAUGCUUGACUCCACGAAGACCUCUGUCACCCUGCAGUGGACCAGACCUGACCACGAUGGUGGCAGCCUCAUCACUGACUACAUCAUUGAGAAGAGAUCCCAGGAAGAGGUCAACUGGGCUUUGGGUGCUACGUGUAAGCGCUGCAGCUGUGAAGUCACAGGACUUAAAGAGAACGAUAUCAUGGACUUUAGAGUAUUUGCCAAGAAUGAAAAGGGAAACAGUGACUUCUCACUGAUUGGUCCAAUCGUAGUGAUGGACUUCAUCAUUCCACCCGAGGCCCUUCUGAGUGACUACCCCAAUGGAGAGCUUGCUGUUCGCAUUGGUCAGAACAUCCACAUUGAAUUGCCCUUCAAGGGUAAACCAAGACCCGCAAUCAGCUGGCUAAAGGAUAACUUCCCUCUGAAGGAAAGCGAGAAAAUUCGCUUCAGGACCACUGACAACAAGACUUCCGUCACAGUCAGAGGAGCCAAGAAAGAGCAUGCCGGCCAAUACACCUUGGUUCUGGACAACAGAGUCAUCAAAAACUAUUUUGACAUUAAUGUGAUCACUCUGGGAGCCCCCUCAGUGCCAGUUGGUCCUAUCCGCUUUGAUGAGAUUAAAGCUCAGAGUAUCAUCAUCUCCUGGGAUGUGCCAAAGGAGGAUGGAGGUGGCGAGAUCACCUGUUACAGUGUGGAGAAACGUGAAACCUCCCAGGCUAACUGGAAGAUGGUCUGCUCCAGUGUUGUCAGGACCACAUUCAAGAUUCCCAACCUGGUCAAGGAAGCUGUGUACCAGUUCAGGGUCCGUGCGGAGAACAAGUAUGGUGUCAGUGAACCACUCAACUCCUCAGAUGUUAUUGCCCAGCACCAGUACAAACCUCCAGGUCCCCCAGGAAAGCCAGUGGCCUACAACGUCACCAGUGAUGGAAUGACCAUCGGUUGGGAGAUCCCAGGUUUUGAUGGCGGGUCCCCUAUAUUGGGCUAUCAUGUUGAGAAGAAGGACAGGAACAGCCUCUUGUGGCAGAAAGUGAACUCCUCCAUCAUAUCCAGCAAAGAGUACAGAAUCAUUGGUCUCAUGGAGGGACUGGAGUACUCCUUCCGAGUCUAUGCAGAGAACAAUGCUGGAAUUAGCCCUAUGAGUGAACAGAGUAAACACGCGCUUGCUAUCUCCCCUGUUGAUCCACCUGGCACUCCCACGCUCAUCGAUGUAACCAGAGAUUCGGUCACGCUGCAGUGGGACAUCCCCAGUAAGGAUGGUGGCAGCAAGAUAGUUGCCUAUAGUGUGGAGAGGCGCCAAGGCAGAGGCAAAUGGCUGCGGUGCAACUUCACUGAUAUCAGCGAAACCCAGUUCACUGUGACUGGUUUAUCACCUGGAGACAGAUUCGAGUUCAGAGUGAUUGCCAGGAAUGCUGUGGGCACAGUCAGUCCACCGUCCAACUCCUCUGGAUCCAUCAUGACCAGGGAUGAGAGCAUAUCUCCUGAGAUCAUUUGGUCUCCAGAUCAGGUUCUAUCGAUGAGGGCUGGAGAGAAGGUGCAGCUCGGCUGCAGCAUCACUGGACGUCCUGUCCCCCAGGUUGUCUGGUACAAGGAUGGCAAAGAGAUCGACAAGAGGAUCAUGAUUGACAUUGAGAUCACCAGCAGUAUCGGAUCCAGCAGUCUGUUUAUUCGUGAUGCUGACAGGAACCACCGUGGAAUCUACACUGUCGAGGCCAAGAACAGCUCUGGUACCAAGAAAGCUGACGUCAACGUCAGAGUGCAAGAUACACCGGGACCGGUAGAAGGUCCUAUCCGUUUCACUGGCAUCACGGCUGAGAAGUGCACUGUGUGGUGGAACCCACCAGAGAACGAUGGUUGUGCCGCCAUCACUCAUUAUGUGGUGGAGAAGAGGGAGACAUCCAGGAUCACCUGGGCCUUGGUCACCUCUAAGUGUGAAGCCUGUUCUUACAAUGCUACCAACCUCAUCAGGGGCAACGAGUACCAGUUCAGAGUCUCUGCUGUCAACAAGUUUGGUGUUGGCAAACCACUGGACUCUGAUUCUAUCAUUGCACAGAUGCAAUACACUGUGCCUGAUGCCCCUGGUACUCCUGAUGCCACACAUGUGACUGGAAACAGCAUCACCCUGUGCUGGACUAGGCCAAGGUCAGAUGGAGGCAACGAGAUCAAACACUACAUCCUUGAGAGGCGAGAGAAGAAGAGCCUGCGCUGGCUGAAGGUUUCCUCCAAGAGGCCCAUCACAGAGCUGAGACACCGUGUCACCAAACUCACUGAGAGCAACGAGUACGAGUUCCGCGUCAUGGCUGAAAAUGGCGCUGGUGUUGGACCGGCCAGCAGUACCUCCAGGCUCUUCAAAUGCAGAGAGCCUACAAGUGCUCCCAGUGCUCCCACAAUGAUCAAGGUCACUGACUCCACUAAGUCAUCUAUCACCAUUGACUGGACCAAGCCAGUCUUUGAUGGUGGAAUGGAAAUCAUUGGCUACAACAUUGACAUGUGUAAGGCCAGUCUGGAGGAGUGGCACAGAGUCAACAACCAGAUUUGCUUCCACACCAGUUACACUGCCAAGGGCUUGGUGGCUGCAGAGACCUACAAGUUCAGAGUCAGUGCUGUAAAUGGAUCAGGAGAAGGCGAAGCCUCUGUGCUGACCAGUCCUGUUCAGGCUCUGGACAGACUCACAUCUCCUGAGAUUGACAUUGAUGCCAACUUCAAGCAAACUCACAUCGUAAAGAAUGGCGGCAUGGUCACCCUCCAUGUGGCCUUCUGCGGUAAACCAGCUCCUCUGGCCACCUGGUCUAAGGUGGAUGGUGAGUUGCCUGUCAUGGGUGAUAUCAACACCACAGAUUCAUUCUCCACUCUGACUAUUGAGGGGUGCACAAGGUAUGAGGCUGGAAAAUACACCCUGUCUCUAGAGAACAACAGUGGGCGCAAGUCCAUCACGUUCACUGUCAAAGUGCUGGAUACACCUGGACCUCCAGGAGCCAUCACCUUUAAAGAUGUUACCCGUGGAGCCUUGACAAUGAUGUGGGAUGCCCCCACAAAUGAUGGUGGAGCCCGAAUCCACCACUACAUUGUGGACAAGCGUGAAGCCAGCCGCCUGGCUUGGCAGGAAGUCAGUACCAAGAGCUCUCGGCAGAUGAUUAGGGUAACUGGUUUGGAUAUUGGGGUGCGAUAUUUGUUUAGGGUGAUUGCUGUUAACCAGUACGGCCAGGGAGAAGCUCAUGAGAUGACAGAGCCUAUCAUUGCCACAGAAGAACCUGCGCCACCCAAGAGACUGGAUGUCGUUGACACCACCAACUCCUCAGCCUCGCUGGUGUGGCUGAAGCCUGAGCAUGAUGGGGGCAGCCGCAUCAGAGGCUACAUUGUUGAAUUCCAAGCUAAAGGCACUGACCGCUGGGUUGUUAGCGAAGAGACCAAGUCCCAAAAGAUGACAGUGGAAGGUCUGAUUGAGAAUACUGAAUAUGACUUCAGAGUCAGGGCCAAGAACGAUGCUGGAAUCAGCGAGCCUCAGGGCACCUUCGGAUCUGUGGUCAUUAAGGAGCCCCGCAUUGAACCAACUGCUGAUCUCAGCAGCAUCACCAACCAGCUCAUCACCUGCAAGACCUCAAGCACCUUCGCAAUCAACAUCCCAAUCAGUGGCAGACCUGUGCCAAAGGUCACCUGGAAGCUGGAAGAGAUGAAGCUGAAGGAGACGGACAGAGUUUCCAUUAAGACCACAAAGGAGAGAACCACUCUGGUGGUGAAAGACAGCAAGAGAAGCGAUAGUGGAAAAUACUACUUGACCCUUGAGAACACAGCUGGUGUGAAGACAUUCACGGUGACGGUAGUUGUCGUUGGCAGACCGACUCCACCCACAGGCCCGGUGGACAUCUCUGGAGUUUCCUCAGAAUCCUGCAUCCUGUCUUGGUCUGAGCCAGCGGACGAUGGUGGUACUGACAUCACCAACUACAUUGUGGAAAAACGAGAGUCUGGCUCUGCCUCCUGGCAAGUGGUGAACUCCAGUGUGAAGAGAACCACCAUCAAAGUGACUCAUCUUACCAAGUACUUGGAGUACACCUUCAGAGUGUGUGCUGAGAACAAGUUUGGAGUAAGCAAGUCCGUGGAGUCUGCUGCUGUUGUCAUUGAGCAUCCAUAUGCUCCUCCAAGUCCUCCAAAUCGUCCAGAUGUGGUAUCUGUCUCUGCCAGCGCCAUCGGCAUCAAAUGGGAACUGCCCUAUGCAGAUGGUGGCAGCGAGAUUACAGGCUACUGGAUUGAGAAGAAGGAAAGGAACACGAUUCUGUGGGUGAGGGAAAACAAACUGCCUUGCCUGGACUGCCAGUACAAGAUAUCCAGCCUGAUCGAGGGCCUGGACUACCAGUUCAGGGUGUAUGCCAUGAACAUCGCUGGACUCAGCAAGGCCAGUGAGGCCUCCAGACCUGUAACAGCACUAAACCCUGUUGAUCCUCCUGGUAAGCCUGAGGUGACGGAUAUCAGCCACUCCUCUGUAUCACUGUGCUGGACUGUGCCAUUUAAUGAUGGUGGCAGCAAGAUCGUUGGGUAUGUGGUGGAAAGGAAAGUCUACAGCACGGACGAGUGGGACGACAACCGCUGGCUCAAGUGCAACUACACCACCAUUAGUGAGAACUACUUCACUGUGGCUAACCUGGGAGAGGGAGAGACCUACGAGUACCAUGUCAUCGCUAAGAAUGCUGCAGGUGUCCACAGCACACCUUCCGAGUCUACCGGACCAAUCACGUGCAAGGACGAAUACUGUCCUCCCAAAGCUGAACUUGACAGCAGGCUGGUGGGUGAGACAGUCACGGUCACUGCUGGCUCCGACCUUGUCCUGGACGGGGCUGUAGGCGGUAAACCGGAGCCUGUGGUCUUCUGGUCGAAGGGCGACAAGAUUUUGGAGCUGGGAGAGAAAUAUUCGCUGACCUACACUGCCACCAGAGCCAUGGCCGUGAUCAAGGACUGCGACAGAUAUGACACAGGCAGAUACGUCCUGACCGUCAAGAACGCCAGCGGAAUCAAGACCGCGGCUGUCAGCGUUAAAGUUCUAGACACUCCUGGAGCUCCGGCUGACAAGAUCGUAAUCAGCAGAGUGACGGAGGAGAAAUGUACCGUGUCGUGGAAGAUUCCACUGCAGGAUGGUGGAGACCUUGUCACCAGUUACAUAGUGGAGCGUCGCGAGACCAGCCGCCUCAACUGGGUCAUCAUGGAGGCCGAGUGCAAGACUCUGUCAUGUGUCAGCAGCCGACUGAUCAAGAAUAACGAGUAUGUGUUCAGAGUCAGAGGAGUCAACAAAUUCGGACCUGGAGUUGCUCUAGAAUCUGAUCCCAUCAUCGCCAGGAACGCCUACACCAUCCCAUCCCAGCCGGGGACACCGGACGUUACAGCUGUGGCCAAGGAGCACGUCAUCAUCGAGUGGCUGAAGCCUGAGAGCGAUGGAGGCAGCGAGAUCAAAACAUACAUUGUGGAUAAACGAGAGAAGAGCAGCACCAGGUGGACUCGGGUUAAUAAGAAUUACACCAUCUACGACACUCGUCUGAAGAUCUCAGGUCUGUUGGAGGGAAGUGAGUACAUGUUUAGAGUGACAGCUGUCAACGCUGCAGGAGACAGCCAGCCCAGUGACGCCUCACCAUACAUCCUCUGCAGAGACCCAACUUAUACACCAGCUCCUCCAUCAAUGCCUCGCAUUACUGACACAACCAAGCACAGCAUCAAUCUGACAUGGACCAGACCCAUGUACGACGGAGGCUCAGACGUCACCGGCUACAUAGUGGAGAUCUUAGAGGAGGGCACCGAGCAGUGGUACCGUGCCAGUGCCAAGGCACUCCAGACCAAUGAGUAUGUGGCCGCAGGCCUGGCAGCCAAUAAGAAGUACAGAUUCAGAGUAGCUGCCAUCAACAACAAGGGCACCGGGGAGUUCAGUGAACCUAGUGUGGAGGUCCAGCCUCUGGAGAGAAUCGAAAUCCCUGACCUGGAGCUUGCCGACGACUUGAAGAAAACCGUGUGUCUGCGAGCCGGAGGAACCCUGCGUCUGUUUGUGUCCGUCACUGGCCGCCCAACUCCAGUGGUGGCUUGGAGGAAGACAGGGGUGGAGCUGCAGAGCCGUGGCUUCAUUGAAACCACCGAUAGCUACACCAUGCUAAUGGUUGAAAAGGUUACGCGCUAUGACUCUGGAAAAUACAUUGUGGAGGCAGAGAACCCAUCUGGCAAGAAGACUACAACCAUUCUUGUCAAAGUCUAUGACACUCCUGGUCCUCCAGCUUCAGUGAAGGUGAAGGACUACACCAAGGAGUCUGUUGUGAUCACCUGGGAUGUCCCGAGCAUUGAUGGUGGUGCUCACGUCAGCAACUACAUAGUAGAGAAGCGUGAAGCCAGCAUGAAGUCCUACACGACCGUCACCACUGAGUGUAGAAAGACCCUGUUCAGAAUCACUGGCCUGGAGGAGGGACAGCACUACUUCUUCAGAAUCCUGCCAGAGAACAUCUAUGGCGUCGGUGAGCCGUGUGACACGUCUGAGGCUGUGCUGGUGUGCGAGGUGCCAUCAGUGCCUUUGAGCCUGCAGAUGGUUGAUGUCACCAAGUCCUCGGUAACACUGCUCUGGGAGAAGCCAGUGCACGAUGGCGGCAGCAGGCUGACGGGUUAUGUAAUUGAGGCCUGCAAAGUGGGCUCAGACAGGUGGACUGCUGUGGCGACAGUCAGGGCCUCUGUGUCCAAGCAAACCAUCCAAUCCCUAACGGAGAAUGACCAGUAUCUUUUCAGAAUCAGAGCCACUAACAGCAGGGGAGCCAGCGAGCCCAUGGACAUUGUGUCUCCGAUCACAAUUCAGGACAUUAAGGUGAUGCCCAAGAUUGACCUGACCAGCAUCCCUCAGAAAAUAGUCCACGUGCACCGUGGCAAACCCAUCGACCUCAACGUCCCGAUAAAGGCUAAGCCACAGCCUGAGUGCUCCUGGUUCUUCAGUGGCACCAAGUUGAAGGACAGCCUGGACCGCAUCAAAAUUGACAGCAACGGCAAAUAUACCCAUCUGGUCAUACGUGACACGACCAUCAGUGACACGGGAGACUACACGCUGCAAGUUAAGAAUGCCAUCGGCAUGGCAACAGAGGUCAUCAAGGUCAUCAUACUUGACAAACCAGGAAUCCCAGUUGGUCCGAUGAAGAUUGAGGAGACAGACGGCGUGUCAGUGACAGUCAGCUGGGAACCUCCAGAGAUGGACGGGGGGGCCAAUGUCAGCGGCUACGUGGUGGAGCAGCGUGAAGCCCACCGGCCUGGCUGGUCCACCGUCUCAGAGUCGGUGACCCGACCCUGCUACAAGUUCACCAGACUCACAGAGGGAACUGAGUAUGUGUUCCGUGUUGCUGCCAUGAAUCGCUUCGGUGUCGGCAGCUUCCUGCAGUCCGAGGUGGUGGAGUGCAAGAGCGCCAAGACCAUCCCUGGACCUCCAAGCAGGCCAGAUGUGCUCGAUGUCACCCACGAGGGCAUGACCCUGACCUGGCAACCACCUGAGGAUAAUGGGGGAUCCACCAUUGCCGGCUACAUAAUUGAACGUAAGGAGGCCCAUUCUGACAGGUGGAUGAAGAUCAGCAAGAACCCCGUCACCAUGACCAGGUACCGCUCCUCUGGCCUGAUCGAGGGCCUGGAGUACGAAUACCGUGUCACUGCCAUCAACUCGAGAGGAGCCGGGAAACCCAGCGAGACCUCUGUCACCGCUGUGGCCAUGGAUCCCAUUGAGCCUCCAGGAGCACCAGUUCAACCCAGAGUCACCGACAGCACCAGGACUUCAGUGUCUCUGGCCUGGCUGCCCCCCGAAGAGGAGGGUGGUGCUGUGAUUACUGGCUACUUUAUUGAGAUGCAGAAGGUGGACCAGGUGGAAUGGACAUUGUGCAACACCACACCCACUAAGAUGUCAGAGUACACUCUCACCCACAUGCCCCAGGGUGCAGAGUACAAGUUCAGGAUCAUCGCUUGCAAUGCUGGUGGUUCCGGAGAGCCCACAGAGAUUCCUGGAGUCGUUAAAGUCCAGGAGAUGCUUGAUUAUCCCGACUAUGAGUUUGAUUCUAAAUAUGAGGAGGGCUACGUAGUGCGACAGGGCGGAGUCAUCCAUCUGUCUGUGGCCAUCAAGGGUAAACCCAUCCCGACAUGCAAGUGGACUAAGGAUGGUCGUGACAUCUCCCAUCGGGCCAUGAUUGCCACCCACGAUGACAUCACUGAGCUGGUCAUCAAAGAGGCACACAAAGACGACAGCGGUACCUAUGACCUGGUGCUGGAGAACAAAUGUGGCAGAAAGGCCGUGUACAUCAAGGUGAAGGUGAUCGGUCGCCCUGAUGUCCCGGAGGGCCCUCUGGAAUUUGAUGAGAUUCAAGCCAAAUCAUUGCGGGUCAGUUGGAGACCACCUUCAGAUGAUGGCGGUUCUGACAUCCUAGGAUACAUCUUGGAAAGGCGUGAGGUCCCCAAGGCCGCCUGGUGUACGGUGGACUCCCGGGUUACAGAGACUUCUCUGGUGGUGAAGGGUCUGAAGGAAAAUGUGGAGUAUCACUUCAAGGUUUCCGCUGAGAACCAAUUCGGUGUCAGCAGGUCUCUCAAGUCUGAUGAGGCUGUGACACCUAAGACACCACUUUGCCCACCAGAACCUCCUAGCUACCCACCAGAGAUCAUGGAGGUGACCAAGUCCACAGUGUCUUUGUCCUGGGCCCGCCCUCGCGAUGAUGGAGGCUCUCGCAUCACAGGAUACUAUGUGGAAAGGAGGGAGGUGUCGACAGAGAAGUGGGUCCGCCAUAACAAGACCCACAUCACCACCACCAUGUACAAUGUGACCGGUCUCAUUCCUGACGCAGAGUACAUGUUCAGAGUCGUGGCUCAGAACGACAUCGGGCAGAGUGAAGCUGGUCCUGCUUCAGAGUCGUUGGUCUGCAAAGAUCCAUUUGACAAACCCAGCCAGCCAGGAGAGAUCGACAUCAUCUCCAUCACUAAAGACUCCAUCACCAUCCAUUGGCUCAGACCUGAGCAUGAUGGAGGCAAGGAGAUUCUGGGCUACUGGAUUGAGUUCAGGCAGGCCGGAGAAAGCGCCUGGAAAAAAUGCAUCAAGGAGCGUUCCAAGGAUCGUCAGUUCACCAUGGGUGGAUUAAUGGAGGCCACCGAGUACGAGUUUAGAAUCUUUGCUGAGAAUGAGGCCGGAUUCAGCCGACCUCGUCGCACACCGAUGGGCAUCAAGACUAAACUGAGCGUUGGAGAAGCUCCAGCUUUGAAGGAAGAGAUCCAAGACGUUACCACCAAACUUGGUGAGCUGGGCAGUCUGACCUGUGGCAUCAUUGGCAGACCUCUGCCUGAGAUCAAGUGGUACCGCUUUGGCAAAGAACUGAUUCAGAGCCGCAAGUACAAGAUGAGCUCAGAUGGCCGCAACCACUCCCUCAGUAUCCUGACAGAUGAGCAGGAAGACGAGGGCUUGUAUACCUGCAGGGCCAUCAAUGAGGCCGGAGAGAUUGAAACCAGCGGCAAACUGCGUCUUCAAGCAGCUCCUCAGUUCCAUCCUGGGUUCCCCCUGAAGGAGAAGUACACUGCUGGAGCUGGCACCAGCCUCCGCCUGCAUGUCGUCUACAUCGGGCGCCCUAUUCCCCAGAUCAUGUGGUUCUAUGGCAAGAAGCCUCUGAAUCAAUCAGAAAAUGUGAUCAUUGAAAACACAGAAAGCUACACCCACCUGGUGGUGAGGAACGUCCAGAGAAUGACAAAUGCCGGCCGCUAUAAGGUUCAACUCAGCAAUGGGUUUGGAACCAUUGACACUGUUCUACGUGUUGAAAUCCAAGAUAAACCAUGCAUCCCUGAGGGUCCACUGGUCAUUGAUGCUCUGCUAAAGAGCUCAGUUGUCAUCAGCUGGAAAGCUCCUAAGGAUGAUGGAGGUUCCAUGAUCUCAAACUACAUUGUGGAGAAGCGUGAAGCCAAAGAAGGUGAGCAGUGGCAACUGGUGUCCUCCUCGGUCUCUGGCGCAACCUGCCGUGUCCCCAACCUGAUAGAAAACGCGGGGUACUACUUCAGAGUCUCUGCCCAGAACCAGUACGGAGUCAGCGAGGCUCUGGAAAUCCCAUCAGUGGUCAUCAUAAAGAGUCCAUUCGAAAAACCGGGCAUGCCACAGCAGCCCUUCAUCAUCAGCUCCACCAAGGACUCCUGUGUCGUCUGCUGGAAGCCUCCAAGCAGUGACGGUGGAGCUAAAGUUACAAACUACUAUCUGGAUAAACGUGAGAAGAAGCAGAACAAGUGGAUUUCAGUUACCAGCAAGAAGAUUGUGGAGACCACUUAUGAAGUCAUAGGCUUGAUUGAGGGCUUCGAGUAUGAGUUCCGUGUCAAGUGUGAGAAUGCGGGUGGUGAGAGCGGUUGGAGCGAGACAUCUGCAGGAAUAAUCCCGAAGUCUGACCAGUCUCCACGCGCUCCUGCAUUCAGGGAGGAGAUCAGGGACAUGAACGUCAAAUACCAAGCCAACGCCACCUUUGUCACUAAGGUGGUGGGACAUCCAAAGCCUCUGGUGAAAUGGUACCGCAGUGGAAAGGAGAUUCAGGCAGAUGGAACCAAGAUUAAAGCUCAGGAGUUCAAGGGAGGUUACUACCAGCUCGUCAUCACGUCUGCUGAGGAUAGCGAUGCCACCGUUUACCAAGUCAGGGCAACCAACCCCUCAGGUUCUAUCUCUACAACAGCCAAUCUGGAGGUGGAAGUACCUGCUAAAAUCCACCUGCCCAGAGAGCUCCAGGGAAUGGGGGCAGUCCACGCUGUCCGUGGAGAUCAGAUCACCAUCAAGAUCCCCAUCACUGGCAAGCCUGAGGCAGCAGUCACUUGGCAGAAGGGCCAGGAGAUCCUCUCCAACUCUCCUUACCACCAAGUCAUCACCACCAGGUCUUUCACCUCACUGGUCUUCCAUAAGGGAGUACAGAGGAAAGAUAAUGGCUACUAUAUUAUUACUGCAAAGAAUAGGUUCGGAAGUGACAAGCAAACCAUCGAGGUGAAUGUGGCUGAUAUACCUGAAGCUCCAAAGGGACUCAUGGUCAGUGACAUUACUCGGGAUUCCAUCACUAUGACCUGGGAGCCUCCUGCCAAUGACGGUGGUAGCGACAUUAUUGGCUACAUAGUCGAGAAGUGUCCCACCACUGCUGACAGGUGGAUCCGUGCUGGACAGACCAGUGACUGCAGCAUCACUAUCAUCAACAUAUUUGGAAAGACCAAAUACCAGUUCCGUGUCAUUGCUGAGAACGGAUUUGGUCUGAGUCCUCCUUCUGUGCCAACUGAGCCUAUCACUACUAAGGAAGACAAGUCUGUGAUUAGGAACUAUGACGAGGAAGUGGAUGAAGCCAGAGUGAUCACCAAGGAAGAAGCUCUAUCCUACAAGGUGAAGGAGUUGUCCUCCAAGUACAUCAUCUCUGAGGAGCUUGCCCGCUGCCAGUUUGGAGCAGUCCACCGCUGCGUGGAGAUUGCUACCAAGAAGACUUUCAUGGCCAAGAUCAUCAAGGUCAAAGGAACUGACCGUGAGUUGGUUCUUAGGGAGAUUGAGGCCCUCAACGUAGCAAGGCACACAAAUAUGAUUUACCUGCAUGAAUACUUUGAAAGUAUGGAAGAAAUUAUCCUGAUCUUUGAAUUCAUUUCUGGAGUUGACAUCUUUGAGCGCCUUGGUACCAGCAACUUUGAGCUAACAGAGCAGGAGAUUGUCCGCUACCUGAGACAAGUCUGCUCUUCCCUCAAGUUCUUGCAUAGCAGCAACUUCGGUCACUUUGAUAUCCGCCCAGACAACAUCGUCUAUUCUACAAGGAGAAGCACCACCAUAAAGAUUAUCGAGAUGGGCCAGGCUCGGCUGCUAGUGCCAGGAGAAAACAUCAGAAUGUUGUUCUCAGCUCCAGAGUACUGUGCCCCAGAGGUCCACCGCCACGACUUGAUCACAACAGCCACUGAUAUGUGGUCUGUUGGUGUUAUGGCCUAUGUUUUGCUCAGUGGCCUUAAUCCAUUUGCGGCAGAGUCAACUACGAAGAUGAUUGAGAAUAUCUCAAACUGUGAGUUCAUCUUUGAUAGUGAAGCAUUUAAGGACAUCAGCCUGGAGGCCAUGGACUUUGUGGACAGACUUCUAGUCAAGGACAUGAAGCUCCGUAUGACCGCCCAUGAGGCUCUGGAGCACCCAUGGCUCAAGAUGAAGAUUGAGCAUGUCAGCGACAAGGUCAUUAGGACAUUGAAACACAGAAGGUACUACCAGACCUGUGUGAAGAGGAUGGACACUAUCGUAUCGGCAGCUCGCGUUGCUUAUGGUGGCGCCUUCAAGAACCAGAGAGGAUUAGCUGUGGGUAAAGUGAAGAUUGGAACCGAGUACCACGGCCUUCGUGCCGGUCCAGUCAUGCAUGGCGCAGCUGAGGAAGGCGGCCAUGUCAGAUUCACCUGUAGCAUAACCAACUAUGACAAGAGUACACAGGUGUCGUGGUACUUCGGAAACCGCCAGCUACACCCAAGCCCCAAGUAUGAGAUCACCUACAGUAAUGGUUUUGCUAGCAUCUACGUAAAGGACAUUGAAGACAGUGAUGAUGGCGUGUACAGAUGCAAGGUGGUUAGCGACGAUGGAGAGGACAGUGCUUAUGGAGAGCUGUUUGUUGAUACGGUAAGAAGCAUCAGAGAGCACUUUGUAAGCCGCUCCAUCAAGAAACUAAGGAAGAGAGUUGACAAGACUAAACUCCUGCAGAGACCACCAGAGUUCACUUUGCCUCUGUACAAUAGCGCUGCCUACAUUGGCCAAGAUGUCCGCUUUGGUGUCACUAUUACUGUGCACCCGGAGCCUCAUGUAGCAUGGCUUAAGAAUGGAGAGAGAAUCAGGCCAGGCGACGAUGACAGCAAGUACACAUUCACCAGUGAUAAGGGUCUGUACCAGCUGAUGAUCCACAACCUGGACAUGAGCGAUGAUGCUGAAUACACAGUCAUGGCCCACAACAAGUUUGGAGAAGACAGCUGUAAGGCUCGCCUCACUGUGACACCUCAUCCUGUCUUCGAGGAAACUAUGAGGCCCAUGUUUAAACGUCUCCUGGCUAAUGUCGAGUGCGUAGAAGGACAUAGUGUCCGUUUCGAACUCAGAGUCUCAGGAAUCCCAACUCCCACUCUGAAAUGGGAGAAGGACGGUCACCCACUACAGUUUGGUCCAAAGGUUGUUGUCGUACAGGAGGAUGUAGAUUACCAUGUCCUGCACGUCAGAGAGACUCUACUCGAGGACUCUGGUUUGUACAAGGUUACCGCAACCAACUCAGCUGGCUCUGCAAGCUGCCAGGCUACACUGAAGGUCGACCGACUGACCUAUACCAGGAGAGAGUAUAAGAGCGAGGAGGAGCAAUACAGACACAUACAGAAAGAAAUUGAAAAGACGCACAAGAUGGCUCAGCGGAUCGUUGCCACUGAAGAGCUUGUGCCUCUCAACCCCACAGCCCAGGAGGCCCUCAAAUUUGCUGCAGAGAUGUACAAGCCUGCAGUGAGUACCAAGAACGUAGAGGGUGAGUUUGACAUCAGCGUGGAGAAGUCUGAUACCAAGAGGCUGGAGGAGGAAAGGAGGAUUUUCAUGCCAUAUGAGAUGCCAGAGCCAUUAGUUCAUGAUCCUCGAGUUUUGGACGAAGACAAGGCCAUCAAACAGUUUGUACCUCUCUCGGAUAUGAAGUGGUACAGAAAGCUGAGAGACCAGUAUGAGAUUCCAGAGAGGAUGGAGAGGAUUGUGCAGAAGAGACAAAGACGUAUUCGCCUGUCCAGGUGGGAACAGUUCUAUGUCAUGCCCCUCCCCCGAAUCACUGACCAGUACAGGCCUAGAUGGCGUAUUCCAAAACUCAGCCUGGAUGAUCUGGAGACUGUCAGGCCUGCACGCCGUUCACCCUCCCCUGAAUCUGAGGUUUCCUUCAAAUCCAGGAGGAGAUCUCUGGGAGACCUGAGCGACGAGGAGCUGCUGAUGCCUGUGGACGACUACCUCUCCAUGAGGAGAACAGAGGAGGAGAAGAUGAUGCUGGAGGAUGAACUGGAGCUCGGUUUCUCUGCCUCUCCUGCUGGCAGCCCAAUCCGCAUAGAGCGGCGUGCCAUUGAACGUGAGGAGAGGAGACAGGAAUUCAGGCAGGAAACUGUUGAAGUUGUUGAGAAGAAGAAACGUACUGUUUCUCAGUUCAUGAGGAGGAGAAGAUCGUUGUCUCCCACAUACAUUGAGCUGAUGCGUCCUGUCGCAGAGCUGAUCAGACCAUCUCGGACCCGGCCACCUGUGGAAGUAGAGGGAGAGAUUGUGGUGAGGAGGUCCCCCACCCCGGAGAGGACUCGUCCCCGCUCACCCAGCCCCAUCAGAUCAGUUGAGAGGUCUUCUCGCUCCUCCUCCAGGUUUGAGAGAUCUGCCAGAUUUGACAUCAUGUCCCGUUAUGAGGCCAGAAAGGCUGCUCUGAAAUCUGAGAGAAAAUAUCAGGUUGUUAGCCAGACACCUUUCAGCCUUGACCACGCUCCCCGUGUGACCGUCAGGAUGCGUUCUCAUCGCAUACCACUUGGACAAGACACCAAAUUCACGCUUAACAUCCAAGCCAAGCCAGAUGGUGAGAUCAAGUGGUUCCAUAAUGGAACUGAAAUCUCUGAAAGCAGUGAGAAAUAUGUAUUCACCGACAUGAGCGGCGUCAUGACCAUUAGUAUCCUGGCCUGUCAGGAAGAGGACAGUGGCACAUACCGUUGUGUAUGCUCUAACUCUAAGGGAGAGGCAUCGGACUAUGCCACCCUGGAUGUGUCGUGUGGAGGAUACACCACCUUCUCCUCUCGCCGCAAAGAUGAGGAAGUUACCAAAGCAUUUGUCCCUGAAGUAACUCGCAUUGACCACUAUCACACCUCGCACUUUAAAGCUGGCUAUGCGUCCCAGACCCAACUUGAGGUGGAGGAGAGCAAGUCUAAGUUGACCAAGACACACGAGGUUGCUACUCGUGAAAGAUAUGCCGCCUCAUCUGAGAGGUAUGAUUCAUCCAUCAAAUACGCCUCGACUGAAUACCUGUCAUCUGCUUCCUCCUACUCAUCAGACAAAUUUUCUCUUACUGGGAAACACUCAACUUCUGAAUCCAGACUUAAAUCGUCCUCUACUGUCGUGGCUGAGGAAGCUUUAGUCCAAAAGGUGAAGCCUUCUCUUCCGGCUAGGAUCCUCACCAAGCCUCAGUCUGUGACGCUUGAAGAGGGACAGACGGCCAGAUUCUCCUGUGAUAUUGAUGGGGAGCCGGCACCCAGUGUUUCAUGGAUGCACAUGACCAGAACUCUUGUUGCAUCACACCGCGUCCAGGUCACCACAACUCAGUACAAGUCCAGCCUGGAGGUUUCCUCUGUGACGACUUCAGACGAGGGCAGUUACACGGUGGUGGUGGAGAACGCAACAGGCAGACAGGAGGCUCACUUCACUUUAACCAUUCGCAGAGCAGCUGCCAAAGAAGAAGUUAAGGCUGUCAAAUCUCCCGAGCCAUCUGUAAAGUCACCAGAGCCUUCAGUCACAUCACGUGCUCCCUCUGUAACAUCCCCUGUUCCGAGCGUAAAGUCACCAGAGCCUUCAGUCACAUCACGUGCUCCCUCUGUAACAUCCCCUGUUCCGAGCGUAAAGUCACCAGAGCCUUCAGUCACAUCACGAGCUCCCUCUGUAACAUCCCCUGUUCCGAGUGUAAAGUCACCUGAACCCAGCGUUAUAUCCCCCGUGCCUUCAAUUAAAUCACCCACACCAAGUGUCAAAUCCCCUGAACCAUGUGCAACAUCUCCUUCUCCGAGUGUGAAGUCUCCUGAACCAGAAGGAAUUAAGUCUACUAGGAGCGUCAAGUCUCCUGUGCCAUCGGCAGCCUCUCCAGCACCCGGCUUAAAAUCACCAGCUCCAACUGUCAAAUCUCCUGAACCUGAGGGAGUUAAGUCACCACGUGGUUUCAAAUCCCCAGAACCCAGACUCAAGUCACCUCCACCUAUUAAGUCUCCAGAGAGAGUGAAGUCACCUGAAACUGAGGAACUCAAAUCCCCUCGUGGUGUCAAAUCUCCAGAACUCGCAGGACUCAAAACACCGAAAGGAAUGAAAUCCCCAGAACCUGCUGGAAUAAAAACACCAAAAGGCAUCAAGUCCCCAGAGCCGACAGGGAUCAAAUCGCCCAGGGCGUUAAAGUCCCCGGAGCCGACAGGGAUCAAAUCACCUCCGAGGAUGAAGUCUCCUCCUCCGAUCAUGUCCCCUAAGAGGGUUGUAUCUCCACCGCCUGUCAAAUCCCCAACCCCAAAACCUCCCAAGGUUCUGAACCAACUAACAGCUGAAGCCUGUGAGGGCUCGGUGAGGAUGUCCUGUGUCUGUGAGAGCAGUGUCAGGGAGGUGGUGUGGUACGCCAACGGGAGGAGACUCUCGCAGAGCAGCCACCUUUCGAUGCAGUACUCUGAGGGCUCCUGCAGCCUUGUAAUCCAUGAUCUUGCGGACAGCGAUCAGGGAGAAUACACCUGUGAGAUGACAUCAGAGGGAGGAGUAUCCAAAUCCUCCUUCUCCUUCACUGGACAGGUCUUCCAGUCCGUACGCAUGCAGAUCACAGCCCAUUGUGAACAGCAACUGGCUCUUAAAGGAUCAACGAUGAUGAGUCACAAGGAAUCUUCAUCAGCCAUGAGCUCAUCCAUGAUGAAGAAAGAAAUCCACACAAUGGAAGAGUCCUCCUCCUUUUCUUCCUCCUCCCAGCAAGCCAUGAUGUCAUCCAUGAUGGAGUCCAGCUCCUUCAGCAGCAUGGCAGCUGAGAUGAAGUUUGAGACCAUGUCCAUGUCCAGCAUGUCCUCGGUUGCAUCUGAGACGUAUGCACUGAGCUCCAGCAGCCUCACCGAGGGGUCUUCAUUCAGAGCAAUCGGUUCUGCUCCCAGAAUCGAGGCUCUGCCGGAGGACAUCAGCAUCGAGCCGGGCAAAGUCCUGACAGUCGCCUGCGCCUUCUCCGGUGACGCCAAACACAUCGAGUGGUCCCGCGGGGGCCGAACCAUCGAGGUGACUGCCGGGGGACGCUUCCACAUCGAGACGACGGAGGACCUCACCACCCUCAUCAUCACCGGGGUGAAAGAGGAAGAUGCUGGAACCUAUACCCUCAAACUGUCCAAUGAGCUGGGGUCUGACUCAGCGACUGUUCACAUUAGCAUUCGAUCAGUGUAAAAACAAAUCUUCCCUUCCCUCUACUUCCAUACCUUUUUUUUUUAUUAAUUGAGCAAAAUACUCUCAUUGAUAAAGAUCUCAUUUUCUUUUCUUGUAUAUAUAUGAACUAUUUUUGUACCAAACUUGACAUUAAUUUAUGCCAAACUAGACUAAAGUCUAAAGUUGUUAUAAAAUGUGCCAUAUUGGAUAACUAUGACUUAGGAUUUUUGAUCCAUUUUUCUGUGACAUGUACAUAAUGUAUAUAGCCGAAUUUAACGGUUAUGGGAAAUGUAUGUAUUGUUAUUUAUGACAAUAAUAUUAACCGAAACAAAAUGAAACUAAAUGCAGUUUAACAGGAGAAAGUUUCAACAGAAACGAAUACCCUGUUAAACUGAGAAACUAAACUGUGCCUCAACGAUAAGUUGAAGUCUUAAGAUUGCCUCAGCAGGUAGAGAGGCUCCCUGCUGACGAUGACUCAAUCAGAGACAAACUGCUCUGCUCCAGAGCAGCUGUAACACGAGCGUGAGAUCCUGAGUCCUGUUUGCAUUUACCCUCUUGUAAGCAGGACGACUGGACCUCGCCUCUGACGGAUUACGUCAUACCGCCAUUUUCAUGACAUGCUCACAGUGCGAGCGGCCUGCACUCCCUGAGCACAUGUUUCUUUUUAGUUUUGUGCUCUGCGUCUGGCGAACGACCACUUGCUCGGCUCCUCGUCGCCUCUGACGUGGCCGUCACGUGACACGAGAGCCGUCCUGUGCUCGUUUGCAGAGGCAGAGCCGCCUCUCGGAGGUCUGCAGUGUUUUCUGUGUGUUAGUUUUUAGUUCACUUGUCAGUCAAGCAGAUGCAGCGCAGCAGAAACCAACUGAGCUGCGUUAGACCCGGGACAGAAUCCAGCCUGCUCCUUGUGGUGCUCUGCGUUUUGGUGUGGUUGAAGUUGGAGUUGUAGCAUGGAACUAUUUUAUCAGCCUCCUUGAGUUUUUCUCCAAUAAUUGAUUUAAUAAAGCAUGAUUAUCAGCACUG